UUCAGGUUUUCAGGGGUGGUUUAUUAUUAUUAUUAUUAUUUAUUGGACUUACUAGUCAUGAGGUUUUCAAAAGCUGAACAAACAGAGGAGGUGCAAAGGUUCUCAUGACUUGGGCAGAUGGGUUGCUGUAGAAAGUUGCUGUGGAAAGUGUUCCCUGAAGGUAGAGAGUGGUUUGGGGGGUGGGGGGCUACAAUAAAUCAUAGGGGCAAUAUUUGAGAUACUCAGCAGAUUUGCAAGCUUUGCAGUUCAGUCACUAGAUGGGGCCAGAGCGCCACUGUCCUCACUUAUCAAAACAGCUUGACAUUUGCAGCCUUGCUGAUUACUGGCCAGCUAUACUGCAUGGCCUGUUGUUUUUGUCCAUGGCGUUUUCUUGGCAGGGAUACUGGAGUGGCUUGCCGGUUCCCUGAUGUUGGGAAAGAUGGAGGGCACAAGGAGAAGGGGACGACAGAGGACGAGUUGGUUGGACAGUGUUCUCGAAGCUACCAGCAUGAGUUUGACCAAACUGCGGGAGGCAGUGGAAGACAGGAGGGCCUGGCAUGCUCUGGUCCAUAGGUCACGAAGAGUCGGACACGACUAAACAUCUAAACAACAACAAUAAUACUGAAUGGCAGGUUACUAGGGUGGACAGAUGAAGAGGACCAGGUUCCUGUACCUAUAGCAGAUGGAGAGAAGAGGGAAUCAGACCUCUAAGAAAAUUCUCUUUUGCAUCAUCGAAAGUUCACUAACUGUCUUAAUCCUGCUGCUUGGUCAUCAUUUAGGAUUGGAUUGUAAAAGCACACACUCUUAUUUGGAAGUAUGCGCAAUUGAAUUACGUAAGUGGGACUUUCUUCUGGGUACACAUACAUAGAACAUUAAUGCUGCUGCAACCCCCCCCCCCCCCCCGAGGAUAUGUUGGCAACUAAGGGUGUCUUCACAUUAUCUUGAUAAUAUCACAUUAUCAUGGUAUUAUAAUUGUUAUUAAUUAAAUGUAUGUACCGCCAUAUACCCAUAGAUCUCAGGGCCAUAGGAGCCGACUGCUAGGAGUGGAGGGGUCUUCGGCUUCCCCCAAUAAAAUAUCUGAGGGGGACCAAGCUCCCUCAAAGCUGAUGGGCAUUGCCAUUCAAAUGGUGUGCCUGCACCAUGUCAUGUGAUCAAUGAUGUGAAGAGGAGCUUACUUGCCCCCCCCUGCAUAUUUUGUUCAAGUUGGCACCCCUGCUCACUGUGGUUCACAACUUAAAAUGGCUAGUAAAGGUAAAAGGUAAAGGACCCCUGAACAGUUAAGUCCAGUCAAAGUCAACUACGGGGUUGCGGCGCUCAUCUCGCUGUUAAGGCUGAACAGCCAACCUUCUGAUUCUAAACCACUGAGCCUCUUGGGCAUGCCAAUCGGAAGGUCGGCACGUUGAAUCCACGCAACAGAGUGAACUCCUGUUGCUCUGUCCCAGUUCCUGCCAACCUAGCAAUUUGAAAGCACACCAGUGUAAGUAGAUAAAUAGGUACCAUUGUGGCAGGAAGGUAAAUGGUGUUUCCAUGAGUUCUGGCUUCCGUCACGGUGUUCCAUUGCACCAGAAGCGGUUUAGUCAUGCUGGGCACAUGACCUGGAAAGCUGUCUGUGGACAAACACCGGCUCCCUCAGCCUGAAGCAAGAUGAGCACCACAACCCCAUAGUCGCCUUUGACUGGACUUAACCAUCCUGGGAUCCUUUAGUAAGGUAAGCCUAAAAUGGCUUGAAUUCACACUUUAGCUAGAGACAAAUGUGGAAUAGUUUAAGGACUCCAAUCUACAUGUUGCAUGUCCAGUUUUUAAAUCCAUGUUCACUCAUUAUAAAAAAUGCACAUGGAUGCUGUUCUCUGUUACAAAAUAUUACUGUUUGACUUGUUGUCUCUCAAACCACCUUCACAAUGAUUGGAGCCUUAAGCCAUUCCUACCUUGUCUGUGACCAAGGUGUGAACACAUUUGCAAAGGGGAAAAGGCAUCCUCGCCCUGUCAACACCAUCUGGUGUGAACAGGAACACAAAUGAACGAAGUCCUGCUGAUGUAAAAAGGGGGAGGGGGCUGGGAAGGCGAACAUACCCUUACAAUAAAGGACUGUAUACAUACACAUUGUCAUGUGAACAUGGAUUAAAAACCCACCACUGGAAACGCAGUGAGUGUACAGGAGUGUGACUGCAGUUUGCAUUAACACUAUCUGUUGUUGUUGUUGUUUAGUCGUUUCUGACUCUUUGUGACCCCAUGGACCAGAGCAUGCCAGGCACUCCUAUCUUCCACUGCCUCCCGCAGUUUGGUCAAACUCAUGCUGGUAGCUUCGAAAACACUGUCCAACCAUCUCGUCCUCUGCCGUCCCCUUCUUCUUGUGCCCUCCAUCUUUCCCAACAUCAGGGUAUUUUCCAGGGAGUCUUCUCUUCUCAUGAGGUGGCCAGAGUAUUGGAGCCUCAGCUUCAGGAUCUGUCCUUCCAGUGAGCACUCAGGGCUGAUUUCCUUCAGAAUGGAGAGGUUUGAUCUUCUUGCAGUCCAUGGGACUCUCAAGAGUCUCCUCCAGCACUAUAUGCCAACACUAUACACCAGAUAUUAUAUAAUUUCUUACAUAUCAUAAUUGAUUUCCAUUGCUUCUCAUUUUGUCCCUAUUUUUUGUUGCUCAUGGCUUUUCUUGUGUCACAGUCUCUUAAUAUUGCCAUGCGCUUUUUAAAAAUACAUAUAUGAGCUGCUUUAGACCAUGAAUUAGAACGGUGAGAUAGAAAUCCAUUAGCAAAACUAAGUAAGCGAAGUGAGUAACUACACGGAACCACCCACGGCCGCACCCGGCAGAAGGUCACAUGUGGUCUUUGCAGGAUAAUGGCCACAGUUAAGCGGGUGCAGAAGCCCAGUUCUUGCACCGCCCUGGAUACGCGAUAAACAGCAGGUGAGAAACCCUCGCACCGCCCUAGUGCCGUCUCCAAACAGGCAGCAGCAGCUGCUGGGAACACGUGGCAGCAAACCCGGGCUUGCUGCUGCGUUACGUGUGAAACCGCCCUGAGCUUACUUUGCAGUUGCUGCUGAUUUGCAAAUUUUAGAAAUACAGUAAAAAUAAAAAUCCAGCUGCCUCCUUGACCUCGAAUAGCCUUCUAUCUUAAGCCCCUAGAAAGCAUCGGGAGGCCCCCUCCGCCGCCCGAGCAGCAAAGGCGCCCUCCGCCUCGCCUUCCUCGCUCGGCCCUCUCGCGCACCCGCGUCUCUCGCUUCCGACGUGGCGCCUCCCGCACGCGGAGCUCCAUCUUCCCUCGCCGUCUCUAAGCGAUAACGGAGCGUGGGCGUCCCCGCCAAGUUCUCUCGGGUUUUUUUGCUUAGGUUCCAGAGAACCGACCAAUAGCCGGGCGAGCUGCCUUCCGUCUCAUUUGCAUAGUCGCCGCUGCUGGCCAAUGGGCGGGCGUGCAGUGUGUUUGGAAUGCUCUGGUCCUCCCCUGCGCGCUCUCCCGGGUGGCGACGGAGCGGGCGGCUGCCUUGGCAGAGCAGCCCGAGGAGGGAAGCUCUUGCCAGCUGCUCGGCCGGGGCAUCGGCCCUGGAAACGCCUCUGCUUUCCCUUGGCUGGAGACUCCUCCGCGUGCAGCUCUUGCUGCGCCCGGAGCGGAGGGAUCAUGUCGGUGGCGGGCCUGAAGAAGCAGUUCCACAAAGCCAGCCAGGUAAGAGAAGCUUUAGGCGCUAAGGAAGAUGGUUUGUUUUGUGGAAACCUUGCAACCCCCGUGCCAAGGUGGGAGGAAUUGCAUAGUACUUUUUAUCACCUGCUCUUUUAUGUCCGGUCUUAUCUAUAGCUCCGUAUUGCCUACACGGACUGGCAGCAGCCAAUCCGACCUAGAGAUGCUGGGUGUUGUUGAACCCGGGACCUUUGAUAUGCAGAGUAGAUGUUCUGCGUAUCCCCAGUGAAUUGCUCCAUCUGAGGAUCUCGGGGGAUGUGCUGCCCGUUGGAUUUCCCCAUCAGAUUUUCUUGGGUGCAUUAGACCUGGACUCUUUUCCUGGGCCGUUUUGCACGUUAUGUGGGAGAGAAUUUGUGUUUGCUCAGAAAAGAGUUGUAGCCAGUCACCGGUCCCCCAUGGACCCCUGUAGCCAGAUGCCUAUUUUGCAAAUGCCAAGCUUGUGAUGUUUGUACGCAUUUAGGGCACACAUUGUUGUAUGCAGAGAGCGAGAGAGAGAGAAAAUGUGGGGAGAGGUGAGGAAAGGAAGUCCAGAUAUCACUUUGGGCAAUCCUUUUCCUGCUCUCCCAGACGUAGCAACUCCUUUGCCAUAUCCAGUUUAGCUCUUGGGUAACCCAUCUCAGGGAAUUCAACUUUCCCCCUCCUCUGGAGGUGAUCAUGCUUACUCUGGAUUAAGCUCUGUUAUUGUAUGAUGGAACUUGCUCUUGAGUAAGCAACCUAUAUCUGUUUAAUUCUUCCCUUCCAUCUUCCGUGCCAUAAUAGCAUUGGAGGGGUGGUUAUUAUUUCUGAUUCUGUAUUUCCAGGCCUCACUUGCUCUUGUGCUAGGUCCUAUAUUUGUAUGCCAUUAAGCCCAUGUUUCUGUGUUGUCCACCCCUCGCUCCAUAGUCCUGCUUAGUCUAACGCAUGGGAAUUAAACAGACCAUCUUGGCUGAUUGGGCUCGGUGCCCAUUAUAUGCUAAUGAUGUUGGUUGGUAGAUCUCCAGAUCAACAUGCUGGUUGGUUUCUACGAGGUUCUGUGGUGUGUGUUUUCCAGUGCUUCGUGCUUUGGAGGGGAUAUUGUGUUUUUGGUUUAGAUUUGCUGUGGAUUUGUAUUUUUCUGAAAGAGAAGUCUUGUUUGCCUCUCUCAGCCUCCCUCAAUCCUGGACGUCAGAGAUGGGCAGCCUUGAGCUGUCCUGGCCUCUCUAUGUGGCCCUCAGAACCCUCACUUGACUCACCAGCCCUGCCUCACAUCCUCCUCGAACAUUUAUGGAUGACUGGAACAAAUGUGGGCUUUCAACCCUGGUAUCUUUGGCUUGCUUAAGGGUGCAAGAGGUGGACUAAAAAAGGCUCCCUGCCGUAUACCGUAUUUUUUGCACCAUAACACUCACUUUUUUCCUCCUAAAAUAAUAAUAAUUAAUAAUAAUAAUAAUAAUAAUAAUAAUAAUAAUAAUAAUUUAUUUGUACCCCGCCCAUCUGGCUGGGUUUCCCCAGCCACUCUGGCCGGCUUCCAUAGAAACCAAAAAUACACUAAAAUAUCACAGAUUAAGGGGAAAUGUCUGUGCGUGUUAUGGAGGGAAUGCCUACGGGUGGCAUGCCUACGGAUUUUCGUCCUCUAAAAACUAUGUGCGUGUAAUGGUCAGGUGCGUGUUAUAGAGCGAAAAAUACGUUAAAGCCAUGGUUUUCCCAGUAGUGAUGUAUGGAAGUGAGAGCUGGACCAUCAAGAAGGCUGAUCGCCGAAGAAUUGAUGCUUUUGAAUUAUGGUGCUGGAGGAGACUCUUGAGAGUCCCAUGGACUGCAAGAAGAUCAAACCUCUCCAUUUUGAAGGAAAUCAGCCCUGAGUGCUCACUGGGAGGACAGAUCCUGAAGCUGCCGCCAAUACUCUGGCCACCUCAUUAGAAGAGAAGACUCCCUGGAAAAGACCCUGAUGUUGGGAAAGAUGGAGGGCACAAGGAGAAGGGGACGACAGAGGACGAGAUGAUUGAACAGUGUUCUUGAAGCUGCCAGCAUGAGUUUGACCAAACUGUGGGAGGCAGUGGAAGACAGGAGUGCCUGGCGUGCUCUGGUCCAUGGGGUCACGAAGAGUCGGACACGACUAAACAACUAAACAACAACCACCCUUGUUGUACGUUAGUGAAUGGACUUCAUAAUCCUCUACAGACUUUUAACUGCCCCUUACCUUUUUUCCAUCUGCUAGGAUGCUAUUAUCUUCUUCUUUACUGAUGUUUGCUUGUAUCUCUUCCUCUCUUCUAUUUUCCCACUAACCCUUCACGAAUAAGUUGCCCCUUCUUUCCUCAAAGGCUGGUUUCCUUUUCUUCCAUUGCCAAAGAGAAAGGUAUCUUCGUAUUAAUUCUUUGCAGCAUGCUUAGCUGGUGGUUUGUUGUGCUGCGAAGCUUUAAAGUGAUUUGAAAUGACCCAGUCCAUCUUGGUGUUGGAAACUGCCUCUAUUCAGCUCAGUGAUGUCUGCACAGACUGGCAGGAGCUCUUCAGGGUCUCAUGCAGGUACUCUUUCCUAGUCCUACCUGGAGAUGCCAGAAAUUGAACCUUCUGUGUGUCAAUGUGACCAUUUGGCCACAAAUGCUCAAAGUGUGAGAGUGCCUUUCAAACUUGGGCUUCUAAAACAGACCUCUAACUUGCCAACAGUUUGUUAAUUAGAUAUAUAUUCCACCUUUCUUCCAAGGAUCUCAAGGGCACAUACCUGAUUCUUCUCCCCCACCCCACGCCAGUUUUUCCCAGUUCUGUGAUAGUUUAGGCCAAGAAAUAGUUGACUGGCCCAAAGUCAACGAUUUCCAAUCCAAUCAUUUAUUGUGUUUGACUAAAAGCCAUUACAAAUUCGAUUACAUAUCCAACAAGUCAAUUAAAGCCUGUUAAAAGAAAUUCAGAGAUAUACAUCCACUUACAAUAAGUCAAAUUAAUGAAUUGCCUGCACAGUCGAUGGCAUUGUCUUUUAUAUAGCUAGCAUGAAUACUUUUAGCGGCUUUAGCAAAUAGGGCUGUUUUGUUUGUGACAAGGGGAUCGCAAUCAGAUAAUAUAUUUUCACGUCAGAGUUCUGUCCCUGUAGCGGUGCCAACAUCUGUUCCAAAAAUCUCUUUCUGGGGUUUUGACAAUGGAGUAUAUAAUGGGGGAUUUCUUCCACCUCACCUACCCCACAAAUACAAAGUCUUAAAUGUCUUGGAACUUUUCCGUACCUUCCACUCAAGACUGAUGUAGGCAUUGUUUCAAAACGGGGAGCUGUAAAUGCAGUUCUCAGGGAGGCAAAGGUAAGUGACUGCAAGAAUUGAGCUUUGGUGUAGUUAGAUUUCAGCAAAUAGUACCAACGGGAGAAUUUUGAGAUAUGGAUUAGAGAUAAAUAUUGCUCGUUAUCCCGUUUAUAUAUCCAAAUCCAAUCCCGAGGAGGCUUUUAACUAAAGUCAACUAGUUUCAUGGCUGAGUGGCAACUUGAACCUUAGCCUUCCCCAUCUUGGUCCACCAUUCUGGACUAUAGUGUGUGAAAACAAGAUGAACUGGCUUGCAACUCUUUGCAUGUUGGUAUAGUGGCAUUCCUUCCCCUUCUGGUUGAGAAUGUACUGCAAAUAAAUGACUAACAUAGGCAUGUGUGGGCAGAGAUGCCUGUAAAAUGGUUUCAAAUGACUUUGGUGAUAAGUUUUUUUUCUGGGCUCAAUUAGCAGGCUGCUCAGACUUGUCUGAGCUCCCUUUGUUCUCUUAAACCUUUGUGUUGCACUGUUUUCUGGUGGGAUUCGAUCACAUAUAAUUGAGGGGAAGGCAUCCGUCCACUUGUGGCAAUGCAAGCGUCCCAUGGCAUUUCUUCUUUCUCCCAGUGGUCAUCCCUCCUUUGGUCACUGCUGUGGACACACAACCUGACUGAUCCAGGCGCGGCGGCCAUCUGCAAGGGAUUUCCACAUGGGGAGGGGCGGGGCGGGAUUGAUGUUUCCAGCCUUCGUGUCAUGUUUGCAGACAUCUUCGUACAGUGGUACCUCAGGUAAAGUACUUAAUUCGUUCUGGAGGUCCGUUCUUAACCUGAAACUGUUCUUAACCUGAAGCACCACUUUAGCUAAUGGGGCCUCCUGCUGCUGCCACUGCGUGAUUUCUGUUCUCAUCCUGAAGCAAAGUUCUUAACCCGAGGUACUAUUUCUGGGUUAGCGGAGUGUGUAACCUGAAGCAAAUGUAACCUGAAGCAUAUGUAACCCGACGUACCAUUGUAAUGAUGAGUUGGUCUGCCAAUGGACCUGGUGUCGGAAACCUGAUCCCCAUACAGCAUUCCCCUGGAGAUCCUGUCAUCUUCCAAGCCAUGAAACUUAGAAACGCUGGCAUGAUCAAGCCAGCGUAGACGUUGUUGAGGCAGAAGUGUGAAUAUUCUGGGAAUGUGGUCUUGGGAGAGCACAUAUUGGUUUGAGACUCUGUCUUGCCAAUUGAUGCCCAAAAUCUUCCUGAUGCAGUACAUAUGGAAGGUGUUGAAGUCUAACUCCUGGCUGGUACAAGUUGCCCACAACUCACUUCCAUAAACCAGCAUGCUCAACACUCAAGCCUGGUAGAUCUUCAUCUUGGUAUUCAAUGUUAUUUUCCCAUAGCCUUCUGGAGGAGCAAGCCAUUGCUGUAGCUUUCCAAUAUGCUUGACCAGCUCAGCUUUGAUUGAGCUGGUCAUGGUGGAGCCCAGGUCAACAGAAUCGUCUACCAUCUCAAGCGUGUGGUCACCAGUGCUGAUGCGUGGAGACUGGGAUAGAGGACUCAGCUACACUGAGUCAAUUACAGACGUACCUUGGAAGUUGAACAUUCGACUUCCAAAACAUUUGGGAACCAAGGCAUGGCUUCUCAUUGGCUGCGGGAACUUCCUGCAGCCAAUCGGAAGCUGUGGAAGUCAUGUCAGACGUUCGGGUUGCAAAGAGCAUUUGAAAACUGGAACACUCACUUCUGGUUUUCUGGUUUUUGAUCGUUCGGGAGCCACUAGAGAGAGGUCUGCUUGAAUUGUUUGCUGCAGCACUUUUUAUUACAUGGCAACCAAGUGUUUUGCUUAUGUGAAGGAUACCUUUGUCCACUUACUCCCCACUCAGAAACUUAAAACUAAUGAGGAGCCACUUUUUUGGGUGCUGGGCUGGGGGGAAUUUGACAUUGAAUUUAAUUACAAUCAGGGCUUGUCCACACUUCUGCUUGUCUUGCACCUAGAAAGCGCGGGUCCAAGAAGUUAUCUCAUGCUUUCUAGUAGACAGGUCUGAGAGGUUUUUCAUUUGUCCUACCACUUUCCCAGGGCAAAACUGAUUGAUGAUUGUUUCCAUUCAGCAGUAAACAGCAGGUUUUCCCAGGAGAAAGGUAGCAGGACAAGCCCUAAGGAAUUGUGAUUGUGAUUGAGCCCUAAGGAAAGUUUUAAGCUUGAUGGUUACUCAUGGAAGCCACAAUACUUAGUUUCAGGCAAGUGCUCCUAACAGAAAACUUUAAAACCUCAGCACUCUUACUAAAACCUAGACUUGGGAAGUGAGAACUGGACCAUAAAGAAGGCUGAUCGCCGAAGAAUUGAUGCUUUUGAAUUAUGGUGCUGGAGGAGACUCUUGAGAGUCCCAUGGACUGCAAGAAGAUCAAACCUAUCCAUUCUGAAGGAAAUCAGCCCUGAGUGCUCACUGGAAGGACAGAUCGUGAAGCUGAGGCUCCAAUACUUUGGCCACCUCAUGAGAAGAGAAGACUCCCUGGAAAAGACCCUGAUGUUGGGAAAGAUGGAGGGCACAAGGAGAAGGGGAUGACAGAGGACGGGAUGGUUGGACACUGUUCUUGAAGCUACCAACAUGAGUUUGCCCAAACUGCGGGAGGCAGUGGAAGACAGGAGUGCCUGGCGUGCUCUGGUCCAUGGGGUCACGAAGAGUCGGACACGACUAAACAACAACAACAGACUUGGGAUAGAUGCUCCCUACCUAGAAUGGCUAUUACUGUUACUAUACCAGCAACACUUCUCCAGCCUCUUCUAGGAUUUUUAUUUUCCCCUCAGGAAAUCAAACCAGGAUGCCGUCCCUAGCUAACCCCUAUAAUCCCUAUCAGCACAGAUCUCUUUCUCCCCCGGUCCCUAUCUGACUGGCUGACAAUCCCCAUCUAACAGUGGGGCUACCUUUGAAGGUGACUCAGAAACUGCAAUUCAUCCAGAAUGCGGCAGCUAGAUUGGUGGCUGGGAGUGGCCACCGAGACCAUAUAACACCGGUCCUCAGAGACCUGCAUUGGCUUCCAGUAAGUUUCCAAUUCAAAGUGUUGGUGCUGACCUUUAAAGCCCUGAACGACCUUGGCCCAGUAUACCUGAAAGAGCAUCUCCACCCUCAUCGUUCAGCCCGGACACUGAGGUCCAGUGCCGUUGUUAAUUUCUACUCUGCCCUUCGAUUAUUCAGGGUGUAUUAAGAUGGCUCCUUAGAAUCUUGGGCUGCAGUGUUUAUUAUUGCUAUUAUUAUUUUUAGCUGUUUAGCCUAGUCUGACACCACACCAAUGACUGUGGUUAAGAAAUGUUUGCUUGAGUUCAAAUCAUGCUACCACAGCAAAAAAAUACGGUAAAUCUCACACUGUGUCAUCAUAAGAUAUUCUGAUGCAAUGGGUAAGGAUACAUUUUGUCCCUUGAGGUCAAAGUAGGGGCCCCCCAAUCAUUCUUUCAUUCAAUCAUCUAAUUUAAUUCAUGUCCUGCCCUUUAUCCGCAAGAAGUGAGGUUACAGGGAACCAGGCAGAGGGCCUUCUCGGUAGUGGCGCCCGCCCUGUGGAAUGCCCUCGCAUCAGAUGUCAAGGAAAUAAACAACUAUCUGACUUUUAGAAGACAUCUGAAGGCAGCCUUGUUUAGGGGAGUUUUUAAUGUUUGAUCUUUUAUCGUGUUUUGAAUGUUCUGUUGGAAGCCGCCCAGCGUGGCUGGGGAAACCCAGACAGAUGGGUGGGGUAUAAAUAAAAUAAAUUAUUAUUAUUAUUUCAGGGCAGUUCACAAGAUAAAAACGCAACAUACUUUUAGAAUGCUACAUGAAGUUUCCCUUUUGAUCAAUCUUGCAUCGUUAUAACACCCUUAACACUGCAGGGUAUUACUUGUUUCCUAUCAAAGGCUGGCUUUCAGUUUUUGUUUGUUUGUUAAGGCUUUCGUAAUAGAAAAAAACAAAACAUUUCAGAGGUAAGAUCAGGUCCUUCCUGAUCAACUGCGAGUUCUGUUUGUUUAAAGCAGCCUUUCCCAAUCUGGUGCUCUCUGGAUGUUGUUAGAUUCCAACUCACAAGGGGCAUUGCUGAUUCCCUCCUCUAUCCACCUAUUCUGCAACUCAGUGUCCCUACAGCCUCCAUAAACUGGCUUGUCUUGGAAAGGAGGAUGCAGAAAGUCUAAUGCAGCUGCAGAAACUUCUCUGCAGUUCUCUGGGCCCCUGGAGAAUGCCUGGCGGGCUGGGGUUGGGGCUUUGCAAAGCGAUCUGGGUGAGACAGGUACAGGAGCCCUGAGAGAACAAAGCGUUGGCAACGCAAGUACAGUGGUACCUCAGGUUAAGUACUUAAUUCGUUCCAGAGGUCCGUUCUUAAUCUGAAACUGUUCUUAACCUGAAGCACCACUUUAGCUAAUGGGGCCUCCUGCUGCCGCCGCGCCGCCAGAGCACGAUUUCUGUUCUCGUCCUGAAGCAAAGUUCUUUACCUGAGGUACUAUUUCUGGGUUAGCAAAGUCUGUAACUUGAAGCGUAUGUAACCUGAAGCAUAUGUAACCCGAGGUACCACUGUAGACAGAAGGGAGUCAACCCGUAUUCAACUUCGCAAUAUCCAGUUGGCCCUGCCUACCCCAACUUCCCCUGAACCUUCUACUGGGGUUUCUUCCUUCUUCCACCCUCCUCCCACUAGUAACUGCCUCUUUCCCCUCAGCCACCAUGUGCGUUUGUGACAUCACAGGAAGUUUGUAGCCAGCGGCAACUGCUAGGGAUGCAUCUGCAUAGCCUCCCAUCCCAGUACUGGAAAGCGGAAUGUCAUGAACGUUACUUAGAUGUAUUUAGAAAUUCAUUGAUUAGAAGUAGACUUGGAAGUAGCUUAGGAUCUGUUGUCGCCUUCAUUGCUUUCAUGGGUGCUUUUGAGGAAAGCCUCAUCAACUUCUGACAUCCAUGAAAGGCAAACACAGAUACGGUGAAGGGAAGGGCCCUCAUUCAACAGUAUCAUCCAGGCAUCUCCACUGACCAGCCUGCCAACUUCCACCCAUGAAUAUCCAGUGGUUCAUUCACUCAGAGGGCAGCCAACACUACGCUCUGAACACGUAAUUCUCAGGAAUGCUGUGACCUGUGUCUACACUCCAUUCAAACUUACCCCAGCAUCAAUCCACAAAUAUCCACACAGCUUUUGUCAACAGCCUUCUGAAGGUGAAUUUCAAACAGCUUACAUGCACAAACUUCAGCCAUGCAACAUCCUGGGCUUCCACAUGCUAAUCAUAUCAGCUUCCUUUUUUUCCAUUUUUUCCCCAUUUCAUAACACAAAUAAAGAACACAAACAAAACAACAAACAAUACAAACAAAUUCUUGUCAUAUCCUUAUUUUUCUAAACAUUGUUAAGUGGGCUUCCCCAAGUCCCACCUAUCUGAUUUUCAUUUUACGUCAUCUUUAGUAGUUUUCAUAUAUCAUAAUUUCUAACCAUCUUCUUUUUUUUAAUCACACUUAAAAUAACUUCACAUUUUAUCACUUACAAAUAAUACUAUUUUAAAAUACAGUAUCUUCUACUUCUAACCCUACAGCCUAUAUCCACUUCCCAAGCUAUUCAAAGAUUUAAAUAUAAAUCACAUCAGCUUCCGUCCAGCAACAACUGCCAGCAGCGGCUGAGCGUAUGCCCGUGCUGCCCAGGGCGGGCGCUCUCUCGAGGGGGGUGUGGCGCAGAGAGUGCCCUCCCGGGAUAGCCACUAGGGUGCACGCCCUGCAGCCAGGGGCGGAGCGAGCCACUCAUGGGGGCGGAGCGUGCCAUCCAUGGUGGACAUUUGGUGCACCGUCAGCCCACAACUCCCAAGCUAUCAAAAUGAAGAGGGAAGGGGGAAUUCCACAGCUCAUGGUAGGCUUGGGAGUCGCGGGUGGGCGGCACGCCGAAUGUCACCCCCCUCAGUGAGGGAACCCAGGGCGGACUGUCCCUACACCCCUGACUGCCAGCUUCUGCCAGGUCCAUCGCCAGCUCCCAGCCAUGGAUAUCAGCCGCUUUCACGCCGCAAUCCUGCCCAGCAGGUCCACUUGCCUUCUCGUUGCUUCACAGCAUCCCAUUGAUGGAUGAUUACCUCCUUCCAUCUGCCGCUUCGCCUCCCUGUGGAAGGAGGCACCAAGUGUUGAAUAACACAGCUGUUGUCCACUGUGUCCUCCUCAAGCUUUUGCCUUGGCAUUCCUCUUGGGCUGCUUUUGUAUAUCCACUGAGCUGCCAUGUGCUUCACAUGUGACAUCACAUGAAGUCCACAGCCAAUAGCAGCAGCUGCGGAGACAUCAUCAUCAUCACCUCCUCAGGCCUCACAGUGGUGGGUGUGGCUCAGCCGCCAUUUGCCCCUUGGCUUGUUUACGGUGUACAGCUCACUCCUCAUCUGUAAUGACACCAGAGAAAGGCAUGCCAUAAAUCCAUUGGGGGUGGUGGUCAUUUUUUAUCCUGAUGGCUGCAUUCCCUUGGAUCAAUUUUUCCAUGUAUGGGAGCCAACUCCUAGGGGCUGAGGUCUCUUCACACACUCCCAAAUAUUGAUUAGUUGCAGUUGCAUCAGGUGUGCUGGAGAGAACACCUGUUUGAGUUGAAUAAUAGAUUAGAGAAGCCAGUAUAAGUUGCAAUUUCAGCUGAAUUUGGGGGAACCACUUGAAGCAUCUGUUGUGUUGAGCUAUUUUAGUUGCUUUUGUUUGAUUUGUUCAUUGCAAACAGCUGAAAGCCUGUAAAUUUUGACAAUAAACCUGAUUUGCAAUGGAGGUUGAAUAAUAUUGAUCUGAACUGUAUGACUUUGUGUGAUUGGUUCUUUUAUCUAUGGAUAUAAGUAAUAAUUCUGUGAACUGCCCUGAGACCCCUGAGUAUAGGGCGGUAUAUAAAUUCAAUCAUCACCGCAUUUUUCGCUCCAUAAGACGCACCUGACCAUAAGACGCACCUAGUAUUUAGAGGAGGAAAAUAAGAAAAAAAAUAUUCUGAACGAAACCGUGGAUGUAUGAUUUUUGUGAUUCAUGCUGUGGUCACAGACAUGUGAUUUGACGGUGAGAUUGGGGUAGCCCAAUGCAAAAAACCUGAGAAUCCAUGUGGAUCUGUGCUUUGUAACCACGUUUUUGCGCCAUUGCGGCCCCACGCAACAGUGGGUGUGUGAUUUUUUUGGUGCAGGCUGUAGCCUUGGACAUGCUAUGUGAUCUGAUGGUGAAUUUGGGGUGACCCAAUGCAAAAAUCCUGAGGAUCCAAUGUGUAACCACGUUACAACGAAUAAAAAAGUGCAUCUUGUGGAGCGAAAAAUACGAUGAUGAUGAUGAUGAUAAUGCACAAUGAAUGCCCAUGGGUAUGGCGAUGGAUUGUUCUCCCUUCAAUGCUAUCCCUCCCUAGACAUUCAAAAGAACGUGUAAACCCUCAACCAUAUCCAGGAAUUGCGGGGUGUGGGGGGGCACUUUCCACUGUCAAAGUCUCCAUGUGUGCUGGCUACAUGCUGUCCACUCCUGACCUUUCAAGUGGUGAGCACAGAGAUCUCCAAGGAGUGUCUUAACAGCAUUCAGGCAAGCAUGGAUAGAAUCUCCCUGCUGACCCAAGAACUCGAUUCAUGCACAGUGGGGUCUCCUGGAUCAUUGAUGACAGGCCCAGCACGUGCACCCUGCUUUGUUUGGAGCUCCCCAUGUUCUUCUUCUGGACAGGGAGCUGCAGUUAGAUGCCUUAUCUUUAAACACGUAUCUCAGUACAGAGAUGUGUUUUGGGACCUAGUUCCAUCUGUUUUCCAAAAUAGGAAUGGCUCAGCCUCUCUUACAUGAUAGAUUUAAUUAGUCCUGGUCUGUAUGAACUCUGUGAAACAGGGUGUAUCUACAUAUUAAAAAAAAACCAAAACCAUUGCCUUUGCGGUGAUUAAAUCUGACCUCUUCCCAACAGGGUGUCUAUAAAAUUAGGGAUGUGAAACAAUGGGGGUUUGAGCCUCCUGCUGCGCAGGCCCACGCACUGGGGCAGCAUCUUCUGCUAAAACAGUUUAAAGAUUUUGACCCCCUGCUGGUUUGCAAGCUAGCAGAGCAUUGAUGCUGCGUAAACAUUUGCCAUCUGGGAGCUCUAGAGGAGCAGCUGUUGGGGCUGGUGGUAGGUGGAUUGCAGAAGGAUUCAUCUAUGUAAAGGUCCUCCGUUGGAAAAAUGGGCCCACGAUUGCUCCUAACUGUGGUGAACAACUGUUUAACAGAAGAAGAUGUUAGUUCAGCAGCAGCAAGUUUUCAAGGUCCCCCAGAACUCUGCAUCAGGCGAAAGGUUACACAAACUAGGAAGUGGAUGGGGGAUGAGGACAAAAUUGAAAAAAAGAAAAAAAAAUGUAGACUGGAUGUUUCACCAUUCAGUCAGAUUUUAGUCUCAGCUACAGGAUGGAUAUUGCUACAUUCACACUAUAUACCAUAUUUUUUACUCUAUAAGACUCACUUUUUGCCUCCUAAAAAGUAAGGGGAAAUGUGUGUGCGUCUUAUGGAGCGAAUGCAGGCUGCGCAGCUAUCCCAGAAGCCAGAACAGCAAGAGGGAUUGCUGCUUUCACUGCGCAGCGAUCCCUUUUGCUGUUCUGGCUUCUGAGAUUCAGAAUAUUUUUUUUCUUGUUUUCCUCCUCCAAAAACUAGGUGCGUCUUGUGGUCUGGUGCAUCUUAUAGAGUGAAAAAUACGGUAUUUAAAGCACUACAAAGGAAGCUUAAACAGUCGUGAUUUCCCCCAGAGAAUUCUGGGUCAUUAUAUUUACUGGUGUCUGAAGUUCAUACCCUGCUUUUUGAUGGUUGAUCAUUCCAAUUCUUGAGUUUCUCAGAUGAGUACAGUACUUGUAGCUGUGGACACUACACUUUGUUCCCAGUUACAUAUAGACCACAUUCACACUAUGAUACCACUUUAAGCAGUCAUGGCUUCCCCCAAAGAAUUCUGGGAACUGUGAUUAGUUAAAGGAGGCACCUAUAUACCUCCAGAGCUACAGUUCCAAGAGUGUUUAACAACGAACUUCUCUUCCUAUGGAACUCUGGGAAUUGUAGUUCUGUUAGGGGAAUUGGGUUCUUCUAACAACUCUCAGCACCCUUAACAAACUACAGCUUCCAGGAUUCUUUAAAUGUUAUUCUUUUGAGGAAGCAAUGUGCAUUGUUUGUGCUUGAAAUAUAUCGUGUUCUUGGUGGUGCUUGUUGAUGGCAAACACCAAUUUUGGUGCCAAUGAAUUCUGUAAAUUAAUGAUGUGCUGUGUGGAGGAGUUUAUUUCUUGUCCUGUAUCUCCUGCCAGCUCCAUUAGAUGACCCUCAGCUUCUGGUUACUCUUGAGAGGAGCAAAAGUGCUCUUUCCUUCUCUGCACCAGCUUCAUUUAUAAACCUCUGUCAUACUGCAAAUCAGACUGUUUACAAAUCAGAUUUCUCUGUGGUUGCUUGGAAGCUAUUCAGAACAUGCCCAGUUAUCCCAAGCAAAUGUAUGGUGUCGGUUUAAGUUAAGUUGGCAAAAUAGAAGUGAAUUCUGAAAGGGGAGAUGAGAAUGCACAAAAGGAACAGUCGGAAGAAUGAAAGGUGAGCUUGCCUCGGGAAGCAUAUGAUUCCUGCUGAGCUUUCUUUUAAAACCCUCAGAACAAAGACUCUGGAUUGAUCAAAGGCGUAACAAAAGAAGAAGCUAAGAAAAAGUGUCGCACUUGGAAUGCUAUGCACAAUUCUGGUUGAAAGGACAUUGAAGAGCUGGAAAGCGACAAAUCCACUCCACUUCCCCAGUGGGGAGGAGUUGCGGCGGACCGCAUGGCCACCCACUCCCCACCGGGGGCAGGGGACUUUGCCCCCCCGUUGCCUGGGGGAUCCCCGCCACGUCAGAGCCCGGCCAGCCAAUCCGCUGGCCAGGGGGGUGGCCGGGGCUGUUUAAACGGAAGAGCAAGCCAGAAGACUUCCUCUUUGGCUUGCUUCCUCAGUCACCCGCCCUCUCUCCCUAUUUUGCAGGUUAGGCAAUGGCCUUGCUAUGGACUUCGGUUGGUCGCCUUGGUUGUCCGAGGGGCCUGGCAGGAAUUUUUCCACUUGGCAAAUUGGCACUGGCCACUUGGUUUUCGCCUACCUCAUAGCAAUCGUCACAACUUUGUUAGGGUUGCGGUUAGGCAUUGUUUGACCUUGUGUGGGGGAGGGGAGGUGUGGCCAUCACCUGCCCCUCCAUGCUUAAGGGUAUUCCAUUAAAGGAAUCCAGGGGUGUUGAUCUAGUCCGAAGCCCGGAUGGGGGGCUAAGGCCUUGACACAACCCCGACGGGAACACCAGGGGGAGCUUGAGUUGGUUCGCAUCAACAGGGCUCCCCCUACCGGUGGCUUACCCUUACUGGACUUCCUGCACAAUGGGCAGGAGUCAGAUAUAGUCAGGCCCAAUCAAUGCCUAAGCCAAAACCGCUCACAUUCUGCAAUUUCAACAAAGUUGUGGCCAAAAUUUGCCCAAUAACAUAAACCUAAUAUCCGUGUCCUUGUGUGAGUUAUUUCCAACGAGGGGGGGGGCUGCGGGGUCUCGCCAUGCAACUGAGAUGGCCAAGGGAUCAGAGCCUUUUAAGUACUGGUCUUCUUAGCACAAUGUUUAGAUCCAUCAGUUGGCUUUAGGUUAUAAUUUAAAAUACACAAUAUUUUGCUUCUUAGUAUUCCUCACAACAAUCUUGUAAGGUGGGCCAGUUUGGGUAUUUACAUACUGUGGAUGGAAUCUGAAUCUGAGUUAUAUUGGCUUGCCUAAGGCAUUCAUCCUGAGCUAGCAGCUAGGGUGAACUGGGGGAUUUCCUGGGUCAUGGCUUCAACUCCAUCCAUUAAGCCAACAGCUGAUCUUUACAUAGGUCUCUUCUAGAUGACCUGUUAAUGGAACAUUGAUUUGUUGGCCGAUGCUGACUAUUUAUUGAACACCUAUUGUUUACAUGCUCCUGCCAACCUAGCAGUUGGAAAGCACAUCAAGUGCAAGUAGAUAAAUAGGUACCGCUGCGGUGGGAAGGUAAACAGUGUUUCUGUGCGCUGCUCUGGUUCGCCGGAAGUGGCUUAGUCAUGCUGCCCACAUGACCCGGAAGCUGUACGCCGGUUCCCUCGGCCAGUAAAGUGAGAUGAGCGCCGCAACCCCAGAGUUGUCCGCUACUGGACCUAAUGGUCAGGGGUCCCUUUACCUUUUUAUUGUUUACAAGGAGGUGAGAUUAUGUUGCGCUACCCCAGUGUUCCCACUGCAUUUUCCUGGCCCUUUCUGUGUUGCUAAAAGUGUGGGUUUGGGGCUGGUGGAAGUGGGUGUGCUGUGGAAGAGCACCAAACCAACUAAUUGUGCAAACUGAACUUGGCAGUUCAUUGUUGAGUCUCAGUAGUAAAUAGCAACAGUCUGGAAGUGCCCAAACGCUAAAUCCUGGUGUAGGUGUGUGUUUGUUUGUUUCCUUGUUUUUUGAAAAUGGAAAUCUGUUGAUAGCUAUUCACUUGAUAUUGGAGCGUCUAUCAGGGAUCAUGACUUCAAAUAGCACAUUUUAGAGUCAUCAUCUCGUCCAACUUCUGGAAUAUGCAGCUGUCCCAUAUGGGGAUCAAACCUGCAACCUUGGCGUUAUCAGCACCAACUGAGCUAUCCAGCAGGACUAUUCGACACUUAAAUUCCACCCAUGGCUUAAAUGGCUUCUCCCUUUCAUCUUGCCACAACUGAUUUUCCUUUCUGGCUAGUCAGAUUUUUAGAUCAACAACUAUAUCUUGGUUUGGUUAAAAAAACUAAUAGACAUAGGCUGGGUUUACAGAUGUCUGCUUCUAUACCCUUUUUAUUUAUGGAUCUGUCAAGUUAAGGGUAGAGCUUGUUUUUUAAACUCCGCUUCCAAUUACCUGUCAAAGUUCCUUAAUCAACAUGAAUCUUUGGGCCAGAGAAUGCCCUGUGGACUAACUGGGACUUUCAUGAAUAAUGCAACACAGUUGCAGGGAUGUUAGGGAGCCAAUUAUCUUCCAAGUUCCCAAGUGUUUUAAGAAUCGCCAUCUUGCUUGCACCUGGCUCUUUCCAAUGCUGGCCAGCAUUCUUUGAUUCCAUAAACUCGUUAAGAAUUAGAUGUACGAUCUGCCAUACAUUACAUUACUGGAUCCAAAAAUCUAUGUCUUUCAGCAGUUCUGGGUCUCUUAAUAAGGUCCGCAUUGGAGAGAGUCUCUCUUUCUGUAAAUCAUCAAUGCGCAGAGAGCAUAGCAGGAAAAUUGCAGGGAGGGAAUUGAAUGUGUAUACUAUUUAUUUAAAAUAUUUCUUAGCCAACCUUGAUCACAAAGAUUCCUAAGUCUUGUACAAAGCUGUGAAUAAAACUAUUUACCCAACACAGAAAUACAACAUAUAAGCAUAGGCAAAAAUAAGAGGCAAAGUAAACAUGUAAAAUUAAAGAACAGGGUAAGGCAAAGUGCUGAUUAAAAUGUCAUCUGAACUUCCUGGGUAAAGAAGAGGGUUUCAACCUGGCACUGAAAAUAUUGUAAUAUCAGCAUGCCAUAUUAAAAGCACAAGUCUCCAAAAGAGCAUUUUUGGUUUGUUCUGCAAUACUGCCUCUAACUCUGGUUGCCUCCAGACAGUCAGUAUUUUGCAAGAUGGAUUCAAGGGCAUACAGGAAAUUUAGGCUUUUGCACAAUUUAAGUGGAUUAAAGCACUUUAGCGCAGCACAACCAUAUUCCGACUAAACAUCAGGAAGAACUUUCUGAUAGUAAAAGCUGAUCGACAGUGGAACAGACCCCCUGGGAAGGUAGUGGACUGCCCUUCCUUGGAGGUUUUCAAGCAGAGGUUGGAUGGCCGUCUGUCAUGGAUGCUUUAGCUGAGAUUCCUGCAUUGCAGGGAGUUGGACUAGAAUGAUCAUUGGAAUCAUAUAAUUCCAUGAUUCUAAGCAGGUUGUCUGGGGGAGCCCUUAAUCUGUACACAAAACCGUAUUCCUAAAGAAAUGAAUUUGCUGGCUCCAGACACUAAUCUUCUUCUAUAGCAAAGGCUUGAGGGACAGUAGCCUCCAUCUUUGCCCCAUCUUUUUGUGCCUGCCAAACAGCCGUGAUAAUAUUUUAUUCUCUUGUUAAUUAUGCUGUUUUAAAUGUGCAUUUUAUAUUUGACUUCACAUAGCAAUGGUGUUUUUUUUAAAUGUUUAAGAUUUUUUUGUUAACUUUGUUUGUGUUAAAUAUGUAUUCUGUAGUUGACCUUUGCAAGGUUUUAUUUUGAAAUCUUUAAGAUAAUAUUUUAGUUUUCUGUUAAUUAUGUUGCUUUGACUAUAUACUCUAUAUUUGACUUCCUUCAGAAAUGUUUGAUUCUGGAUUGUUUUAUUGAUGCUUUAAUAUGCUGUAAACCGCUUUGAGAUUUUUCUUAAAAAUAUAAAGCGGUAUGGAAAUGAAAUAAAUAAUAAUAAAAUCAUCAUCAUCAUCAUCAUCUCCAUUCAACCAAACCCCAGAUGACUCUUCACCAAGCCAAUGCCUUACUGUGUUGUAUCAGGUUGGACCAUCGUAUAGAUUCAUAUGGUUUCUUUAGUUAAAUUAACAGUGGCAACUCUCUGUUCCUCUCUUUAAGUUCCCCUGUUUCAUAUUUGUUUAUCCGCUGCCAUUUGGAACUGAAAGUGACCUACAUGAGGUUCCUGUCCAGGCACUGAGCAGACCUGGGCCUGCUUAGAUUCAGAAAGGUAGUUCUUGUGUGUUUCUACAGACUAUGCCAGAGUGUAAAUUUCUGGUUUCCUCCAUCAAUUCUGUUUGCUAGAAAUGACUAACCAAUGACUUCCUGAAAUGUUAGGCAUCUCUUCUCCCCACCCCCGUUUUGCGAUAUUCCAUUUCACAUAUCAUUGAAUAGUAAAUCAUCCAGGCAAGACAGUAGGGAUUUGUCAAGGAAGUCUUGAAGAUUUCAGAGUACAAAGUACUUUUUUGUUGUGUGAGAAGAAUAAGCAUCAGCAGUCAAGUUAUUCCAAAAGAUCCACGUGGCACAGCCUGGCGGAAACUGACUCCUUCCCUGGAAAGUGCAAAAUUGUGUUAUCGUCACAGAACCUUGCUUGAUUCGCUUGUCGACAAAAAUGCUCUUUGUCUGCCUGUGCUUUAUCUGAAAUUUUGCUGUGUAACUGUCCCAGAAGCUAACUGCAUUUAACACAAGAGAGAACCAGGCACCAUACUGGUUUCAGGAGUGUAAGAAAGGCCCUUUUGACACAUGGUCCUAAAUGCAUGGAAACCCCUUUUCUGAAUGUGGCUUGCUCUCGGUCACAUGGAAUUGACGCUCUUCUCCUGAUGGGGUGUGCAGAUUCUGUUGUUUUGAAUCAUGAAAUUGAAUUAUGGGAGCUGUGAUCUGGCAGCAUCUAGAUCAGCCUUUCUCAGCCUUGGGUCCCCAGAUGCAGCUGGACUCUAACUCCCAUCAUCCCAACUAGCAGGACCAGUGGUCAGGGAUGAUGGGAGUUGUAGUCCAGUAACACCCGGGGGGUGUCCCAAGGUUUAGAAAGGUUACUCUCGAUACUACCAGAUCACAGCUUUCACAAUUCUUUAAAUAAUAAUAAUAAUAAUAAUAAUAAUAAUAAUAAUAAUAAUAAUUUAUUAUUUAUACCCCGCCCAUCUGGCUGAGUUUCCCCAGCCACUCUGGGCGGCUCCCAAUCAAGUGUUAAAAACAGUACAGCAUUCAAUAUUAAAAACUUCCCUAAACAGGGCUGCCUUCAGAUGUCUUUUAAAGAUAGGAUAGCUGCUUAUUUCCUUCACAUCUGAAGGGAGAGAGUUCCACAGGGUGGGCGCCACUACCGAGAAGGCCCUCUGUCUGGUUACCUUUAACGAUCCUGGCUAGUUGUGAUGGGAAUUGGAGCCCCACAAUAUUGGGGGGGGCAUAAGCUCUGAUUUUUAUCUAGGCCUGUAGUAAACUUGCUUACUGCUGGCAAGCAAAAGAUGGGGUUAGUCUACUGAGGCCUCUGGACCAUGUAUCAGUGGUGCUGUGGGAAAAUAUCUCAACAACCGAAAGGCAGCAAGGUCACAGAGACACAAAACAAAUCACUUGCUACAACAGAAGGGAGAGCGCCUAGUGCAUCAAAUAAGAUUUCGUGCCAGCUUUUUGCCCUGAAAGCAAGAGAGUAACAACACAUCAUUCUGCAUCUGUCUCCUCCCCCCUUUAUUAUCUAAUUCCCAGACAAAUGCUGGGCAUCAUUUUUCUCCCUUGUGAUGUUCUGCUAGAGUUCCUUGUGUGGUGGCGUCAUUUUCUAUUUUCCAUUUUCAAGGUAGAGGAAUUUCUAAACAAACAUAACCCAGACUCCUUGUUUGGUAGAAUGCCACAAUGGCAGGUCAAUAAACACCCUCUAACAGGAGCAAGGCUCUUUUUAUAGCUUGGCAGUGAAGUAGGGAAGCGUCGUAAAAGAGACAAGGCAAAGCAAACCCAAAAAAAGGAGAAGUGUUGGAGGUUGCGAGCAUUUGGUUAUAAUGGGCUGUAGGGCCAGGCCGAGAUAUUUUGGCACCUGAGGUGAACCACAAAAUGGCUCUUUCCUCCUGCCAGGGAACAAGGGCUGAGCAAAGAUCUGCAUCGGGAACUAGAGUGCAUAGCUGUCAACUGUCCCUUAUUUGGCGGGAAAGUCCCUUAUCCCAGCGCUGUGUCCUGCUGCUGUCCCUUAUAGAUGAUGUCCCUUAAAUUUCCCGGGUUUCAAAGCUCCUCUCCCUCCCUCCCUGCCGGCCAGGGAGGCUCUAACUGUGUUGCUUGGCUGCUUUGCUCACCCAAUAAGGAGCCUAAGAAUGACUGGGGGGGUGGAGCUUGCAUGCCUUGUGCGCGUUGCCUGGGGACUCAUCUUUGCCCAGCGCUUCCCAGCAGAGAGGUGACGGUGGUUUUCCUUCUUGCAUCCCCUUUGCCGGGUUGCUGCGCUGUGGGAACCACUUGAGGCUUCGUUUGGCUGCUGGCUGGGCUUUCUGCCUUUGGCUCGGGAGCUGGUUGACUAAAAUCCCUUAUUUUGGCUGCUGAUCCCUUAUUUUCGAGGCUGCUGGUCCCUUAUUUUCAAAUCUGUAAGUUGACAGCUAUGCUAGAGUGGGAGGAGACCAGCAGUGCCUCCUAUUUGCUAAGAGGCCACUGUGGAGGUGGCAUGGGGGGUGCCAAGGAUGCGGCAGAUCCAGCCUCCAAGCAGCUGAUGAUGCCACAUGCGGCAGCAGGAACAGGCGACGCAUUCCUUGGAAUAUGGAUAGGCAAACUAAGGGCCGAGGGCUGGAUCCGGUCCAGUUGCCUUCUAAAUCUGGCCCGCGGACGGUCUGGGAAUCAGCGUGAUUUUACAUGAGUAGAAUGUGCCCUUUUAUUUAAAAUGCAUCUCUGGUUAUUUUUGGGGCCUGCCUGGUGUUUUUACAUGGGUAGAAUGUGUGCUUUUAUUUAAAAUGAUCUCUGGGUUAUUUGUGGGGCAUAGGAAUUCGUUCAUUCCCCCCCUCCCAAAAAAAAAUAUAUAGUCCGGUCUCUCACAAGGUCUGAAAAAGUUUGCUGAUCCCUGCUUGGAGACUUGAACUGCUGCCCUGUGGAUCCCGCCGCCUGAGGCGCUUAAUAAUAAUAAAAUAAAAAUAAAAUAAUUUUAUUGUUUAUACCUCGCCCACCUGGCUGGGUUUCCCCAACUACUCUGGGCAGCUUCCAGCAAAAUAUAUGUAUAUAAAAAAAAUGUCCCUAAACAGGGCUGCCUUCAGGUGUUUUCUAGAAGUUGUGUAAUUCUUUAUCUCCCUGACAUGUGAUGGGAGGGCGUUCCACAAGGAGGGUGCCACUGCAGAGAAGGCCCUCUGCCUGGUUCCCUGUAACUUUACAUCUCUCGGUGAGAGUGAAGUGUAGGUGGGUUCCCACGAGGCAAGACGCAGUGAUAACAGCAAGAACCUUUAUUGAACCACAUAACUGGGAAAUGGGGGCAAAGCAACUGCUUAUAUAGAUUCCUGAAAGCCUGGGCCGCUCCCACUCCCAACGUGAUUGGCUGUCUAAACUUCCAAGCUGCGAAUUACAACUCAGAGUUCAAGGGCCAAUGGCAGAGGCCCAAAUCCUGAAAUGUUCUGUGAUUGGACAUCUUGUAUCGAAUCAUAACACAGGAGCUCAAAAUCCUUAGUCCAGACUCAAGCUCAGGCAAACACAGACCACUGAAUACAUAACAGAGGGAACUGCCAGAAGACCUUGGAAGUGGACCUCAGUGUCCAAGCUGAAUGAUGGAGGUGGAGACACUCCUUCAGGUAUACUGGACCAAGGCUGUUUAGGGCUUUAAAGGUCAACACAAACACUUUGAAUUGUGCUCGGAAACAUACUGGGAGGCAGUGAAGAUUCUUUAGGACUGGUGUUAUGUGGUCUCAGUGGCCGCUCCCAGUCACCAGUCUAGCUGCUGCAUUCUGGAUUAGUUGUAGUUUCCGGGUCACCUUCAAAGGUUGCCCCACGUAGAGCGCGUUGCAGUAGUCCAAGCGGGAGAUAAGCACAGCAUGCACCACUCUAGCAAGACAGUCCACGGGCAGGUAGGAUCUCAGCCUGCGUACCUGAUGGAGCUGGUAGACAGCUGCUCUGGACACAGAAUUGACCUGCGCCUUCAUGGACAGCUGGGAGUCCAAAAUGACUCCCAAAAUAAAUACAGAAAUGAUAAAGAAGAUGUUAAAAUGAUAAGAGAAUAACAACAUUUGAUAUAAAGAACCUAAUAUGAAGAUAUAAUAAAACAAGCAGGGGAAAUUAUUAUGUUAAAAACCAGAAGAGUAAGUUGAGGGAAGUUGAGGUGGGAGGAGGGGGGAAGUUGGGGAAUUGUAUUCUUUUUAUGUUAUAUGAAAUGUUAAUACUAUGUAAAAAAUGUGAAACUUAAUAAAAAUUAUUUAAAAAACACACACAAAAUGACUCCCAGGCUCCGCAUCUGGUCCUUCAGGGGCACAGUUACCCUAUUCAGGACCAGGGAGUCCUCCAUACCUACCUGCCUCCUGUCCCCCCAAAACAGUACUUCUGUCUUGUCAGGAUUAUUAUUUUAUAUAAAUUUUUAUUAGUUUUUUAACAUACCAUUUUCAACAAUAAUUAAACAUACUUUUACAACUUAUUCAAUUUUUUUUUACUUCCAUCAGUCCUGUCCUGUCUGAAAAAUUUCCAAUCUAAUCUCUUAGUAUGCAUUUCUUAUUUUCCCUAUUACAUUUCCAACUUAUAACCAAUAUCUCUAUCUUUUUCUACUUUGCAACACUUUGUAUAUUUCUCCUUACAAAACUUCUUGUAGUCCUACUAGCGUAAUUUGUUGAUUACAGUUGCUCUUCAAAUAAUUCAUAUACCUCUUCCAAUCUUCUCUGGUCCUGCAGGUUUUUAAUCCUUCCUGUCAUUUUGUCCAAUUCUGCAUAGUCCAUUAAUUUUACUGUCUUGUCAGGAUUCAACCUCAGUCUGUUAGCCACCAUCCAUCCUCCAACCGCCUCCAGACACACACAGGACCUUCACCGCCUUCACUGGUUCCGAUUUAAAGGAGAGGUAGAGCUGGGUAUCAUCUGCAUACUGAUGAACACCCAGCCCAAACCCCCUGAUGAUCUCUCCCAGUGGCUUCAUGUAGGUGUUAUAAAGCAUGGUGGAGAGGAUGGAGCCCGGAAUCAUUUGCAUCCAAAGAAGCGCCAAGCAACUCUUUGCAUGAGCUGAACAACUUCCAGUUGUGCAUGUUAAUGGAAAAAUCUGAGGGCUCCCUUGGACAAAAACAAAGACACCAACCCAGAUAACUUGGAGCAAAACAGCAGCCUGUAGGCUUGGCCUUUAUUGAAUACUGUCGCGACAGGACUCUCACCCGCAACAUGAUGAAGCAAAAUGGAAGCCCAGAACAAAAGAAGACCCCAACUUUUAUUAGUUACUAAUUCCCCAAACUACGCCUCUAAGACUACAUCACAACUACAUCACAAAAAGGAGGGGUUGAGGGAGGAGUUGUGGUGGUAACCUGAGUGUCCUGUCACCUGGCUGGUUCCUCCUUCCCCCCCUCCCCAUGAGUACUUUCCAGGUGACAAAGGGGAGCUUGCAGUUUCCUGCCCCCAGAGGGAAGAGCUGAUCCUUGUCCUUUGUUCUAGUCCGUGCUGAAUCCACUCCCAUAUGCAAGUUCUUUGUGAUCUUGAUGGUCUUCUGUCUAGGACCAUCAGGGUUGGCAUAGCAACUGGGCAGGGCCUCCUAUGUAUGUGCUGGUAUGCUCAAGGGAUUAUGGCUGGCCUGUAUCAAACCUUCCCCAUUUUUUAGUCCUUCCUUCAUGGAGUAAAAUAAAAGUGGAACAGUGCAGAUCCGAUGUAUGGUUGAAUCUAUGAAUUUAUAACAGAAGCGUAGCGUAUGUAGUGUGUGAGUGUGUGAAGUUUGUACAAACGGAAUGAUUGGGGGGGGAGGUUUCCUGCGACAUGCAAUAGGACUUUCUUGCCUUCUUUGCAGAAGUAUAAUUUAGCAGUAAAGUGCUCCUUGUCUGCUGUGGCCAGCAGUCUUGAGACAUUGAGCAGGACCAUAAUAUCACUUUCUGCUGGAUCCUUUUCAGCUGGAGACUCCAGGAAUUGAACACAGAACACCCUAUGUGGAAAAGUACAUGCUCUACCAACGAGCAACAGAUCUUCUUUUCUUUUGCACAGAUUGCCUCUUGGAGCUUUAACCAACCUGGUACCCGCUAGAUGCUUUUGAACUACAAAACCCAUCAGCCCUGGCCUGGCUGGGACUAAUAGGAAUUGCAUCCCCAAGCAUGUGGACAGUGCCAGGGUGGUGCAGGCUGGGCUCCUGGAGGAACAAACCACAGAACACAUUCCUGCGGACGGCUAAUGUCAAUGGUUCUUUUGUUACCGAUAUCACAUGCUUUAUAACUCACACACACAAACAGUUCGAAAUUGUAUCUUCUGAAAAAGAAGCUUGCCUCUUUUUUGAGAAUCUCAACAGUGUAGCAGAUUAAGUGCUCAGGAAUGCCUUGUUUUGCUUAGAUUGUGAGCUGUUGGUCCCCUUAUCGCUUGGCCGGCACUGUGGAAGUGAUCAGCCAGAAACUGGCUCGGUGCAUCUCCCAGCUGAGGUUUCUUGCCUUGAAGUACCAUAUUUUUCGCUCUAUAAGACGCACCAGACCCUAAGACGCACCUAGUUUUUGGAGGAGGAAAACAAGAAAAAUAAUAUUAUGAAUCUCAGAAGCCAGAACAAGAGGGAUCACUGCGCAGUGAAAGCAGCAAUCCCUCUUGCUGUUCUGGCUUCUGGGAUAGCUGCGCAGCCUGCAUUUGCUCCAUAAGACGCACACACAUUUCCCCUUACUUUUUAGGAGGGAAAAGGUGAGUCUUAUAGAGCCCCCUUACUUUUUAGGAGGGAAAAGGUGAGUCUUAUAGAGCAAAAAAUACGGUAUAUCUUUAAGACACCCUUUUGGCUUCUGGGUGGAGCAGAGCUGCCACCCGGAGGCAGUAAAACAGGAGAAGAAUGUCAUGUUACUGCAGCUGUGAGCGCUUGCUCUAAUUGAUGCCUUUGGCUCUGUAAUCAGACUGUGUUGUGAAGCUCCUUCCAGUAAUUUCUGUAUGGUGUGCCUGGAUAGACUAGAGCCACGAGUGUGGUGGGUGGAACAAAUCAGAUGAUUAAGGGCAUGUGUUAGCCCUAAGCACCUCCCUCCACUUGAUCUAGUCUUUUAUGCCAGGGGGUGAGGAAUUCUACUUUAACUACACAUUGGGUGUAAAUGGAUCAUCCAGUCACGUCUGGUACUGAGAUACAGCCAAAUUACCGUAUUUUUCUGUCUAUAAGAUACCCCCGUGUAUAAGACACCCCCUAUUUUUGGGGACUCAGAUUUAAGAAAAUGGGGAGAGGUGGCCCAGAGUAUAAGACACCUCCUAAUUUUUGACAUUAUUUUUUUAGGGGGAAAACCUAGUCUUAUACAUGGGAAAAUAUGGUACAUGAAUCAAAGCACAUCCUUUGAAAUGUGCACUUAUCUGUAUUUCCCAAUGCUGUUCUCCAGCCAAGUAAUACGUAUAUAAAUGCAUAUACUACUAAGGUAUAGUGUGCAUUAAAAUGCAUGCAUUAGUGAAAAUAAUUUCAGAAAUGCGGUUAGCUCAUUUGGUUAGAGCAUGGUGGGGAUAACGCCAAGGUCACGGGUUUGAUACCUAUACGGGUGCAGGUAAAUUGGUCCCAUGCUAGAGCAUGAUAUUCUUAACCCCGGGGUCGUGGGUUCGAGCCCCACAUUGGGCAAAAGAUUCCUGCAUUGCAGGGGGUUGGACUAGAUGAUCCAUGGGGUCUCUUCUUCUUUUUUCCCCAAAAAAUUUUAUUCAUUUUGUAACACAAAUAAACAAUACAAACAGAAAUACAAACAUUACAAACAAAUUCUUGUCUUAUCCUUAUUUUUUCUAAACAUUGUUAAGUGAGCUUCCCCAAGUCCCCCCUAUCUGAUUUUCAUCUUUAGCAGUUUCAUAUAUCAUAAUUUUAAACCAUUUUUUAUCACAUUUACAUGGGGUCCCUUCUAACACUGUGAUUGCAUCAUUCUUCCACUCUAUCAUUAUAUUAGGGGGAAUUGCUCUGGAAUGAUGUGUAUAUUAGACAAAGUUGUGUGCAAUCAAGAGAAGUAAGCACUAAAAAGUUAAUUGAUUUUCAAGACAGGUUUAAAAUAAAAACGUUGUAAACUGAAAAUGUGGAGAAUUGGAGAGGGGGGGGGAAUGAGAAAAUGAAAUUGAUAGGUUUUCCCAUUCCUAGUGGCUACCAGCCAUGAUAGCUUUCUCCAUUAUGAGAGGUGGCAUACCUGUGGAUACCAGUCACUUGGGAACAGCAGCAGACAGAGCACUUGCCCUCCUGCCCUUGUGGACUUUGCAUAGGCAUAGACUGACUGACAGAUGGGCCUCUGCUCUGACCCACUGCACUCUCAAAUAUCUAAAGGGGACUCUUGAUUUUGACAGGAUUUGUGUGGGGUCUCCUACAUUUUUUCUAGCCUUAUGUGCAGCUUUUGUUUCAUGCUAUAUAAGCGCUUUUCUUUUUUUCUGCAGCUAUUCAGUGAAAAAAUCAGCGGAGUGGAAGGAACAAAACUCGAUGAAGAUUUCCAUGAGAUGGAACGGGUAAGACAAGCCUAAGGAAAUGCUUAAAGAUUGUUGCUAAACACAUGCCCUUGGUUCCAGAUGAUAAAGUAAGGUUUCUCUACCUUCCUUCCUUUCCAGUCUAGAGUCUACACUCCCAACAUGGCUGUACCGCAUGAGUAUUCAGAUCACGUGAACCUGUUCUAGGUCCAAUUUAUAUUUUUAUGUAUGAGUUAGAUGUGUAUGUUGUUGUUUUUCCUUCAGGUUGCUCAGGGUGACAAAAGUGGAUCUUUAUAAUUUUUCCCUCACAACAAGGUAGGAUGAAAUAGAUAAUUGACUUGAGUGCAGAUCCUCGCUCGUGAAUUAGUGCUAUUCACUUCCAUUGCACCAUAUCAGUAUAGUAAAAUAAACUUGCCAUGUUAUAAGGAAAAUAACUACGGAGUGUGGGGUGAGAUUAUAGAAAGAAGCAAAUAUUGUUUACCUGAAAUGAAAGCCUACCAUUCGAACAGCUAGGCAUUCUUACCAGCUCUACUAUUGGACGCAGGUGGCACUAAACCACUGAGUCUCUUGGGCUUGCCGAUCAGAAGGUCGGUGGUUUGAAUCCCCAUGACGGAAUGAGUCCCUGUCGCACUGUCCCAGCUCCUGCUAACCUAGCCGUUUGAUAGCAUGCCAGUGCAAGUAGAUAAAUAGGUACCACUGUGGCGGGAAGGUAAAUGGUGUUUCCGUGUGCUCUGGCUUCCGUCACAGUGUCCUGUUGCGCCAGAAGUGGUUUAGUCAUGCUGGCCACAUGACCCGGAAAGCUGUCUGUGGACAAACGCCGGCUCCCUCCGCCUGAAAGCGAGAUGUGCGCCGCAACCCCAUAGUCACCUUUGACUGGAUUUAACUGUCCAGGGGUCCUUUAUUUUUACCUUUACUACUGGACAGAAUACAUAAAUGUCUAUCUUGCCAUGAUCUCAUUUUGUCACCCACUUGUCCCAGUUUUACUUUGUUCUGAGAUGUGGAACCUGUGACCCUCCUGACAUUGCUGGACUACAACUCCCACCUUCCUAGACGAUUGGCCUUGAUGGUUGGGACUGAUGGGAGUUGUCUUCCAACAGCAUCUGGAAGGCCAGAUGUUCUCCAUCUCUGACUUAGUUGACCGGGUGCCUUCUCUGGUUAUUUCCACAGAACGCGCAGGCUUUUAUGGUGCAUCUGAACGGAGUGAUAACAGGCAUUUCAAUGAAAUUUUCCUUAAAAGCCUUGAUAUGUUUGUCUUGCAGAAGAUUGACAUCACCAACAAAGCUGUGGCAGAACUCCUGUCAAAGUCCACUGAAUAUCUGCAACCUAAUCCAGGUAAAUAGAGAUGAUUCCAAUAGCCUCUUCCAGAUGUUUCACUGCAAACCCAGGUCAUCAGAUCUGCUGCAUGCAGGCCUUGCUUGGCUUCUGGGCACAACGACCUAUCAUGGCUGGAUGCUUUUGCACCAUGAAAUUUCUGAUCCCCCUACCUGCCAGUAGCUCCUCUAUAAGGGAAAUCCUGAUCAGUUCUGUUUCAUCCAGUCACUUCUGUGCAGACACACUGUGCAAUUUUUCAUCCUCUGGUGCCGUCCAUGGGAUGGUGAUGCUGCUAGUCCAUCUUAAUCUCCAUGGAUGCUCUUUCCUAUCCCCAACAUCCAAACACUGGAUGUCAUGCUUCCAUCAGGAGUUAUACAGGUCAUAAUCAACACACUCUGGUCUGCUAUGGUGAGAGCCUGUAUGCAAGCGGAUGGCAGAGUUUGAAGGUUCUACAACAAAAGAAUCCAAUGCAACAGCUGAUUCUUGUAGUGCAGUCUAUUGCAUAACAAUCUUUAGCGAUGUACUGCCGUAACUCAGAAGUCGAACAGAAUCCGUUCCGGAAGUCCGUUUGACUUCUGAAACAUUUAACUUUCAAAGUGUGGCUUCUGAUUGGCUGCAGGAAGCUCCUGCAGCCAAUCGGAAGCCCCGUCAGACGUUCGGCUUCCAAAAGAACGUUCGAAAAACAGAAUACUCACUUCCGGUUUUCACUCGUUCGGGAACUGAAACGUUUGACUCCCAAGGCAUUCGGGAGCCUUGUAGUUGUGUUUUCCCUUAUGAAACAAUCUUCUACCUGUGCAACAAAUAUAUCACUAAAUGACUCUUAAACUUAAUAAUUCAGGUGGGUAGCUGUGUCAGUCUGACGUAGUCGAAAUAAAAAUAAAUAAAAAUUUGUCUAGUAGCAUCUUAUAGACCAACUAAGUUUGUUCUGGUAUAAGCUAUCUGAAGAAGUGUGCAUGCACAUGAAAGCUUAUACCAGAACAAACAUAGUUGGUCUAUAAGGUGCUACUGGACAAUUUUUUAUUAUUUUUUAUUUUUAUUUUAACUUAACAAUAUUAUUAUUAUUAUUAUUAUUAUUAUUAUUAUUAUUAGAGUUUAUAUACCGCCCUAUACCUGGAGGUCUCAGGGCGGUUCACAGAAAAAAAUCAAAAUAAAAAACCACAAUAUAUAUAAUCAAAAUAAAAACAGCAACCCAAUAGCAACCCCCCCCCCAAAAAGAAAGAACCACAUUUUAUAAGGGCAUAGGAUGUCAAUCAAAUCAACCCAAGGCCUGGUUAAAAGGGAACGUUUUUGCCUGGUGCCUAAAAGUGUAUAAUGAAGGCACCAGGUGAACUUCCCUGGGGGGAGCAUUCCACAGACAGGGAGCCACUGCAGAGAAGGCCCCGUUCUCGUGUUGCCACCCUCCGGACCUCUCAAGGAGGAGGCACAAUAUAAUGAAUACAGUACUUAGAGUCCAGUGUAUGUAGAUCUGGGUCAAUAUAAUCAGCUGGAAUCCUGGGGGGGGGCUGCCAAGGCCCCUGUCACCCCAGCAGAACCCAUAGCAUUUAGUCUUCCUUUGGCUAAUGUUAUGAAUCCCCACAUUUUAGCAAAUGUGUAGCUGCUACUGUGAUGUUAGUGUUACUGUUCAAAUGCUGGUGUUCUGUGCUGGGGUGGGGGAGCUGUGGCCCUCCAAAUGUCGAUGGACUACAACUCCCAUCGUCCAUUCCCAUUGGUCAAGCUGGUUGGGGUUGAUAGGACUUGGAGUCCGGCAACAUCCCCAUCCCUAUUUUAUGCUGUUUUAAUCAUUUGGGAUUUUGUGUUUGUAAAUUGCCUUGUGACAGAAAACGCCCUGAAAGAUAGGAUAGACAUCUAUAAAACGCCACGCAAAGUAAUUGUCAUGUAGAAAGUCUGAGAAAUUACACGGUGUUGAAGUAGACUCAGUAGCUUUAUUUGUGAAGACUUUUUUCCAUUGACACUUCUCUUUAAAAUAGUUUGGGGGUGAAUUUAUUUAUUUAUUGUCUGCACAGUCGGAACUGGUGCAGUUUUGCACUCUGCCCUUUUUUGUGAAUUAAAGAUACAGUCAUGUGAAAGUCAAGGUUAUGUUCGCAAGAACCGUGCUUCCGUUUUGUCAAGAGUUUUCCACACGAAAUUGCUGUUUUCAGAAUGAACAGCCACGGAAUCGUUAUAAACAUUGCCUGUUCGUGACAUUACCCUGUAAAAACCGAUCUAGAAACUCCCCUCUAGAUCGGAAAUCUGUACCAUUCUUGACAUAUACCAAUAUCUUUGUGAAUAUGUAAUACAGUGGUGCCCCGCAAGACGAAUGCCUCGCAAGAUGGAAAACCCGCUAGACGAAAGGGUUUUCCGUUUUUGAGUUGCUUCGCAGGACGAAUUUCCCUGUGGGCUUGCUUCGCAAGACAAAAAUGUCUUGUGAGUCUUGAGAUUUUUUUCCGCUUCCCCCCCCCUUUUUCUAAGCCGCUAAGCUGCUAAUAGCCUUUUAGCAGCUAAGCUGCUAAGCCUUUAAUAGCCGCUAAACCGCUAAUAGCGCUAAUCCGCUAAGCCGCUAAUAGGGUUGCUUCGCAAGACGAAAAAACCGCUAGACGAAGACACUCGCGGAACGGAUUAAUUUCGUCUUGCGAGGCACCACUGUAUCUCUGUGAAAUGAGACAUAGUAUGCACUGAGAAAUGAAGGAUUUCUUUCUCAUUGGUUCCAGCACACACUGCUUAUCUGUCCACCCAGAUACUUUUCUUUUCUUUUCUUUUCUUUUCUUUUCCAUAACUGACCAAGUGCAUUUUCAGAGGAAGCUGGGGGGGGGGCAGGAUUACUCAUCAGCUGAACUUGUACUAUCGCAGUUUGAGAACAAAUAACAUUCAUAGCAGGGUCUGUUAAAACCUCUUUUUGCUACAGAUGGUUUGCUGGGAAAGGUCUGCUUUGGUGAACAGAGUUUAUCCUACAUAUUUGGCCCACACGAAAACACCCACUGACCUCAAUGAAAUUUGGAAUAAUAAGAAUACUUAGCAUUGGAGUGGGGCUGUAACUAUCCCCGGGAUGUAUAGUCAGGGCUGUCUUAAGCAUAUCUGGCGCCGUGGUGCAAAGAUCCUUCUGGCGGUGCCACCGCCCGUUUCCCAGAGUUGUUGACCUUUUCCCAAGCCUCUGUGGGGAUCGCUCUCCUCCCGUGGGGGCUUGGGAUGCAAGCUGCACGCCUGCCAGCCAUAUGGUUGAUGGGGCAUAGCUGGGAAAGGGGAGGCGGCUGGCAAAGCCACACAGCUCACCCACUCACUGGGGCGCCCCUGAGAGGCCAGCGCCCUGGCGCAACGCGCCAGUAAGCCCAAUAGGAAAGACGGCUUUGUGUAUAGUUAAAAGGUUUGGGUAGCAGAUGGUGGGAGAGAGAUCUCCGAGAACCACUGCCUGUUAACCAAUACUAGAAUAAUAUAAGCCAGCCCCCUCUGCUCCUUAUGUUGCACUUCCCCUAGGUAAUUCUUAGAGAAGAAAAUUUCCAUGUAAAUCUCAGCUUUUAGAACCAUGGCUUUGUACUCUCCUGCUCUUGAUCCCCAGAACCUGGCAUUAAGAGGCAUAAUAUUCCUAUAAAAGAGGACAGCGUUGUUGCCCUAGUAACAAUAUUCUUAUAAUGUGAGGCAGUAUUAUUUCAAGAGGUGUAGUGGUCCAGGACUAAAGACUCAUUACUAUUUCUGCAGCAGGGUCCCAGCUUUCAGCUGGGGGUAGGUUAUUGGGUUAUUGUUUAUAUUUUGAUUACGUACUUGGUUUUAUUUUCUGAUUUUAUCCUGUGAACCGUCCUGAGACCUGCGCGUAUAGGGCAGUAUAUAAGUUCAAAUGUUAACAAUGAAAUAAUAAUAAUAAUUUAAUAAUAAUAAUUCCUGAGCCACCCAAUCAGCAUGAAAGGAGAGGGUUGUUGUUGUUGUUUUCUACCGAGAAGUCAUUUCAUCCGUUGAUUGAAUCCAAUCAGAGUGAAAAGAGGGUGAGUCAGCCAAUAACAGGGACUGGUCAGAGCAGGAAUGGUGGAGGCCACCUCCGCAGCCUGACCCUUCCAGAGAAGAAGAAGACAGAAUUACAACAGGGGUUUGAGGGAGGUCACAGCUCAGAGGAAGAUGAGGGGGAAAGUUGGGAAAUAAUGGGAGAGGAGGAGGAGGCAGGGCCAGAGCAGCAGCUGGCUGACACGUUAUCGCUAGAAAGCAUUCCAGACCCACCAUCUCCCAGAACCUGGCGAGCCUUAAAAGUAGGAGAGCAAAGAGCUCAGAAUCAAAGGGCCCUCAGUGCCACCCGUAGAAGAGAUGACGAAUGAAGAAGUGGGAGAGAAGGGGAGUGGAGAUUGACUCAGAACAACGCUGCAUUCCCAAGCCUCUCUCUGUAAAUUUUGAAUAAAACGCAGAUGGUAAGGACUUUUCCUUCUCUUAUCUGUUCCUGGCAACCUGCCGUGGGGGUUGGUUCCUCUGCUGCCUGACAGCCACUGAGGAUUGGCUCCUAGGGUCGCUUUGGAUAAGGUGCAUGGGAAGAGCACUGAAGAGUUGUUCUGCAUGUUCCAAAGCUAAACGUUUUGGAACACUGGAAACACAAGGUGCUCCCGUUUCAAGAGAAUGGUGUGCAAGUUCUGUUACAUCCAGUGGAACAUCAAGGAAAACACACCUUAAUCACUCCAAAUCAUUUGCUCCUGUACAUGCGCAUAAAAUAGUCAAUCUUGCUGGAAAGCAACACGUGGCAAUUGGCAUUGUUCAUUGCAAUGCACAUCGCAUUACAGUCAUACCUUAUGUUAUGUUUGCUUCAUGUUAUGUCUUUUCAGGUUGCGUCCCGUGGCAACCCAGAAGUACUGGAAAGGGUUACUUCCGGGUUUCGCUGCAUGCGCACAAGCGCCAAAUCGCACCGCGCACCUGUGCAGAUAUGGCGCUUCAGGUUGAAGGCUUUUCAGGUUGCAAACGGGCCUCCGGAACGGAUCCCGUUCGCAACCAGAGGUACCACUGUAUUACGGUGAUGGUAUAAUUAUAAGAUCACUGUACAAUCUUAGAAGGUGGUGUGGCUGUGGCUAUCAUGAAGGAAGCCUGCACUUCUGAAUUUGCCACGACACUUCAGACUGUUUACCCCAAUAAGUGGGGAUAAUAAGCACAUAUGUCUUUCUUCAAACGGAUAUUUAGGUAUUCCUUUUAUGCCUCACCAAUGUCUCUGAGGUUUUUUUGUUUUUGUUUUUAAGCCUACAGAGCUAAGCUGGGAAUGCUGAAUACCGUGUCCAAGAUACGAGGGCAAGUGAAAGCCACAGGGUACCCUCAGACAGAAGGGCUGCUUGGAGAGUGUAUGCUUCGAUAUGGGAGAGAACUCGGAGAAGACUCCGCAUUUGGUGAGCAUCUGCAGCUAUGUGGCUUCUGUGGCCUGUGCAUGUGGCAUGUGGUUGUGGUGGGGAAGACAGGCCCUGCCCCAUGGAGCUUACAGUGGAGGAGGUAAUAGAGGGAGGAGAGGCAAGGCUGAGACAGAAUGAACGUGAGAGAGUACAGCUCACAGAGGCAGAUACAUUUCAUGUAUUUGCCAUACUAAAGACGGUCCUCUAAAAGUACAAAAUCUUUGACUGGCAGAAGACAUUGACAGGCAGCCUGACUCCCUCCUUUGGCAAUCUUCACAGAACUUUAGCUUAAUGGUUGCCAUCAAUUUGAUUUUAAUUAAUUUUUAUAAUGAAAUGUUUUUAGAAUGUUGCACUAUUUUAUUGUUGUUAGCCAUCCUGAGCCCGGCUUCGGCUGGGGAGGGCGGGAUAUAAAUAAAAUUUUUUAUUAUUAUUAGGCCUGUGAGGUGGUUUUCUCCACACCACACCCACCUAUUUUUCUAGAGAAAGAGGUGCCGGAACUCACCAUGUUCAGUGGCAGAGGAACCCUCUCCGGCACCUGGGGCAGCGCAGCCCGUAUGGACUGUGCAUGGGCGGCUUCCCGCAUGUGCGCACUUUGUAAGGAAUGCCGCACAUGUGCAGUCUGUAUGGGCUGCCGCUUGCACAGCGACGCUUGGACGAAGUGCGCAUGUGCAGCAACCCAUACAAGCAGCAUUCCAUACGGACUGCUCACGCGCAGCAGCCCAUACGGUCGCUGUGUGAGAGGGAGCGUGUACGGACAGUGCGUGAGAGCAGUCGGCCGCUCUACAGCUGGGGGGAGGUAGGGGCCAUCUUGUCACCCCUCUCAGAGUGGCACCCGGGGCGUACUGCCCCCUCCGCCCCCUUCCUCCUCCCCUGACCAUGUUCUCUUAUAAUGGCAAUGGUGCCCACCUGAGAGGUGCCAGAACUGAGUUCUGCUGAGGGCUGAAAAAAAGCCUUGCCUAUGGCUUUCUGAAAACAAAAGGUGGCCCCACCCCCAAAAAAGGUAAGUGGGGGGCUUGGAUUGUGAGCUGUUCCUGCCUACAACACGAGGGCAGGGGAAAAUACAGGGGAUUGGAAAGCUGUUCAUAUUUAUGAGAACAGAGGGUGACAAUGGAGCAUAUGGUUUUAAUACCUAGGUUGUUGGGUUUUUGCCCUCUUCUACAGCACAUAUGGUACUCAUUUGAUUUAAUGAGUGUUGCUUUUUCUCUACAAGGCACUGCCCUAAUCGAUUCAGGGGAGAGCAUGAAGCUGAUGGGCGAAGUGAAAGACUCUCUGGACAUCAACGUCAAGCAAAACUUCAUCGAUCCUCUUCAGCUGUUGCAAGACAAGGAUUUAAAAGAGAUUGGGGUGAGUUUAUUUCUGGCUUGCGUGUUUUGCCUUUUCAAAUGUGCCAGGAGGUGUGGCGCAUCAAUCCCUUGAGAAAUUUCACAAAGUGUCUCCGAACUUUUACCGUGAGCAUCUCUAAUUCUGCUGUAGCUCUAUUUGGUUUGGAGCAAUGGGAACAUCUUCCCUCUCUGAGCCUUAGCAGGGCUUCUCUGUCCACAGCAGCUAAUCAUCCCUGUUCUCUCCCAACCAUUGUAAAAUAUUAGCAAUCUCUUCACCCCUCUCUUCGCACAAGCAAGUAAACAAACCAGGAAGUCUUCCGAUAGCUAUCGUUUCCUGGUUUGGGUAAAAUGGGAAACCAUGGUUAGCAACUUUGGGGAAAGCUACGAUAUUAGCAGCUAAUUUCUCCUACAGGCUCAUUUACACUUCCACUUUCCUUGCUGCUUUCCCCCAGGAAAACCCACUGUUUACUGCUGAAUGGGAGCAGAUGUCAAUCGGGUUUUCUCCGGGUUCAAGUUUUCGAUUCAGCACUAAAGAGCAAGUUUUCCAGGGGAAAGGCAAAACUGCUUGGAUUCAUGCUUUCUAGACAUGGGAUAAGGAAAAGUGUGAAUGAGCCCUGUUUCUCCUCCUCCCACCCACUGAGAAAAUUAGCUGCUGAAGGAGAGAUAAAAUAGCUGUGGAGAAACCUGAUAGAACCAGGGUUUGCUUUUCUCCCUGCUAAGCCUCUCCAGUUUCCUCUGUUCCUCUUUGUAACUGAUGGCGGUUGGCAUCCAACACCAUCUAGAGGACCACAGCUCUCCCCCCCACCGCCACUUUUCAUAUUCAAAUGCAACCAUGGUUUAGCAUUAUGUCUCUCGUGUUAACCAUGGUUUGUCAUUAUCUCUCUUGUGUUAACUACCACACUGCAGUCAGAAUAAUAAUAAAAAAUUCAGAACUUGACUGAAAGCCAGGAUGCAAAGUGAAACCAUAUUUUGGCAGUCUCUUGCUUCUCAUUCGGGGAGUCUAAAGGUCCCCCCCCACACAUUGAGUGAAGUGUCCUGCAUGAAAGGAUUUAUUGCUGUGUAGUAUUUGGAGUGUUCACAGAUGCUGGGUUUCUUUGGUUGAGGGGUGUUUGUUUUUUGGCUGACAUCCCACGUGACUUUCCCUAAGUGCAUAAAUCAACAUAAUAUCGUCUUUAACCGAAACAUGCUUGCAAAACGUCAUUUGGGGCUCCUUGCCAUUUGGAUUCUUAGCAAUUGGAUAUCUUUUUGUUUGGCUUUUUGUUUUGAACACAGCACCACCUGAAGAAACUAGAAGGCCGGCGUUUAGAUUACGAUUACAAAAAGAAGCGUCUAGGGAAGAUACCAGAUGAGGAGGUUAAGCAAGCUGUGGAAAAGUUCGAAGAAUCCAAAGAACUGGCAGAGAGGAGCAUGUUCAACUUUUUAGAAAAUGAUGUAAGACCCUCUUGCUGAUUUUAAGGUCUUUGAGAGUGCAAGGACUGAUUUGGUGUGUUUGUGUGCAUUCCAUGUGGUUGCAGUGUCCUAACUACUAGUGUGUGUGUGUGUGUGUGUGUGUAUGUACAAUCAAAGUAGGACGCGGGUGGCGCUGUGGUUUAACCACUGAGCCUCUUGGGCUUGCUGAUAGGAAGGUUGAUGGUUCGAAUCCCCAUUACGGGGUGAGCUCCCAUUGCUCUGUCCCAGCUCCUGCCAGCCUAGCAGUUCAAAAGCACACCAGUGCAAGUAGAUAAAUAGGUACCACUGCAGUGGGAAAGUAAACAGCGUUUUUGUGUGCUCUGGCUUCUGUCAUGGUGUCCCAUUGUGCCAGAAGCAGUUUAGCCCUGCUGGCCGCAUGACCCAGAAAGCUGUCUGUGGUCAAAUGCCUGCUCCCUCGGCCUGAAAGCGAGAUGAGCACCACAACCUCAUUGUCACCUUUGACUGGACUUAACCGUCCAGGGAUCAUUUAACUUUACCUUUACCUUUUACAAUCAAGGUUUUUAAGCCAUACAGUCACAAACUCUAUACAAAAGAGAUGUGUAAACAGUGACGCAAAAGCGGGCGUGUAUUAUCUUGAUCUUGAUGUUUACAAUCCCAGAACACAUAAUGAAAAACAACCAUAGUACCAGAUUCAUUUAGUGCUCUGCUAUAAUACAUUCUCCUGAUCCUUUACUGUUAUAGAGAAGAUUUCGUUUAUAGUUUGUUUGUUUGUUUGGUAUAUUUGUAUCCUGCCUUUACUCCUAGAGGAGCCCAAGGGCGACAAAUGUCAAAAUCUUAAACCAACAUAUUUUAAGCAUUUAAAAACAAUUUUAAACAUCAAAAAAACAACAGUUAAUAACAUUUUAUCAAACCAUUUGGUUGCCAUUAGAUAUGAGGUUUAUUGUAUUAAUGUUCCUGGUUAUAAUGCUAGCUGGCACUUCUGUCCUGAUUUCUGGCAUUCCUUUUACACUACAUUACCUGUUGUGUUAUGGCACCGUGGCUUUUUGAUUCAUAUACCACCAUGUGAAGCUAAAUUUCAAAUAGUAGGGAAAAAAAGGUAUGCCAGGAUACCUCUCCAUAUUUUGUUGUGUAAAAUUGCAACAUAGAACUCCCGUGAUUUUCCCACGGAGCUGAAAUUGGGUUUUGUUUUCUGGAUACAAUUAACACAGAAAUGAAUGCUAAGCUUUUGCUAGAUUUCCAGAAUUGGCUUUUACAUUGUGUGAAAGAGCACAUAAAAUGCAAACAAUUAACAGAUAAGGAAACAACAGGAAAAUACAAUAAAGUGAAUGCAGCCAAUGUCUACUCAAAAGUAAGCCCUGUUGAAUUCAAGUGUGUGUAGGACUGGAGCCUAAAAUUCUUAAAUCAGUUGACAGCCUUUGAGAAUACAGUUCUUGUACGGCUGUGUAUCAGCCACUUUCCUUUGCCAGUUCCAAAUACAGAACUGAUGAGUUUAGAAAUAUAUUAUACAAUGCAGCCCCCUUGGAGUGGUCUCAACAUCAUAUCUGUCAACAACUGCCCUGGAAAAACUGGGACAUCCCAGUUUAUCCCAAAUUGGUGGCCAAUUUGGGUGCCUUGCUUUUGCAUGACUUCGGGCUGAGAUAUUGCCAUGAAAAAGUGCUUUUUCCAGGUGUGCGAUCUUGCGUGGGUCAUGUGAUUUGUGUGGGAUUUUGGAAACCCAGGAGGUAGUGCCUUGGAAAUUGAGGCCGUGUCGUUUUGGAAGGUACGCAGUAGUCUCAAAGGUGCUAUAUCUUUAUUUUAAACCUGUUAAUCUUUAUUUAUUUAUAUUUAAUGCGGUUUGUUGUUUUUAACACUCGAUCGGGAGCCGCCCAGAGUGGCUGGGGAAACUCAGCCAGAUGGGUGGGGUAUAAAUAAUAAAUUGUUAUUGUUAUUGUUAUUAUCUGGGGCUGCCAGUGUGGUACCUGUGCAGGGGUGGAGGAAGGGGUGUGUGGUGGGUGUGGACCGCCCUGCGUGUCACCACUGAGGGGGGUGACAAAAUGCCGGGGGGCACUCACCGCGGGGCCUGCAGUGCGCCCAAGUCACGCAUCGCUCCUGCCCAAAUGGUCUGCCCACUCCCUUCCUCCCCCCUCCCCCACGGUUUAGGACGGCUGAGUGGGAGGAGGCAGGCAGACUCCAGAGGCCCCACAGUGCACCCUUCCCCUAUGGAUGCCUCGCCCUGCCCCUGGGUGCGCUGCCACAGGUGCCAGAGCAUCUUCCUCCGCCGCUGUAUCUGUGGACAUCAUGGUGCCCUUGAGGGCUUCCCUUGGUGGCGCCAACGCCUUGGAGCAUCCCAGCACCCCAGUCCCUGCCCUUCUUUUGUCACGAGGUGGUGAGAAAACCGCCCCCUUUGAGCUGAACAACAACAACACUUUCUCACUUCGGCUGUGUUUGCUUUGAGGCUCCCCCUGCAUAGCACAUUUAAAUCGGCGCCAUACCGCUUUAACACUCAUGGCUUUGCGCAAAGAAUUCUGGGAAUUGUAGUCCCCUGAGAGUUGUUAGGAGACUCCUGUUUCUCCCCCACAGAGCUAUAAUUUUCUGAGUGAUUAAACAGCCAGCGCCUCUUCCCAAGGGACUCUGGGAACUGUAGCUCUCUGAGGGGAAUAGGGGUCUCCUAACAACUCCCAACCCCUGUUUACAGUGGUAUGGUACCACUUUUAAUAAAUUGUGCAGAUGGGGCCUAAAUGGUGUGGAUGUGACCAUCCUUUCAAAAUUCCAAAUGCGCCCAUGAAUCCAAAGAAGUCUGGCAAUCCCUGUCCUAUAUUGUAGUAGAGAGGAAACGGUAGGCCUUUGCCUGCCCCUGUCUGUUUCUUUAAAAUCAUCUAUGCUUUAUGUUGAUGGCUAAUGGCAGCUUUAAAACAGAGACAAAUGGCUGUGUUUUUGUUCUUUGUAUUGCUUUAGAAAGGCUGCCACCUGGUGAGAGAAGUGAGGAUUAUCACAGAGUUCCCUGUGUGUGGUUUACUAAGAAACAAUUUCUGGGUUUCUCUGGUAAGACACACCGCAUCCUGAGAACUCCAUCCUUUCCACUGACAGGAGCACUGAUAAGAUGCCUUAUGCUGAAUCUGACUAUUGGUUCCCCGAGCUCAGGUUUGUCUACACCUGGGAUGGUGAACCUCAGGCCUCGGGGCCAAAUGUGGCCCCCAGGUCUCUCAUUCUGGCCCCUGGAACUCUCCCCAGGCCACAUCCCCUUUCAGCUCUGCUUUGCAUCCUCCUUGAGUGUUAUGACCUGUCUGGAGUUUGUUCUUGGACUCUGAUGAUGCUUCUGGCUUGCCUUGAUGGAAUUGGUUUCAUGUAUGCGAUGUUUUCAACUGUUUUUAUUUGUGUAUAAUGGUUUUUAAUUCUGCAACUGUUUUAACUUUUUACAUAUGACUGCUUUGUGUAUGUUGCUUCAUUGCAAAUCACUUCAGGAUGUCUCGUGGGAAGAGGUUCAUAAAUGCAGUAAAUAAUAUUAAUAUGCAGUAAAUAAUAUUAAUUAGUGAUGUAUGGAAGUGAGAGCUGGACCAUAAAGAAGGCUGAUCGCCGAAGAAUUGAUGCUUUUGAAUGAUGGUGCUGGAGGAGACUCUUGAGAGUCCCAUGGACUGCAAGAAGAUCAAACCUAUCCAUUCUGAAGGAAAUCAGCCCGGAGUGCUCACUGGAAGGACAGAUCGUGAAGCUGAGGCUCCAAUACUCUGGCCACCUCAUGAGAAGAGAAGACUCCCUGGAAAAGACCCUGAUGUUGGGAAAGAUGGAGGGCACAAGGAGAAGGGGACGACAGAGGACGAGAUGGUUGGAUGGUGUUCUCAAGGCUACCAGCAGGAGUUUGACCAAACUGCGGGAGGCAGUGGAAGACAGGAGUGCCUGGCGUGCUCUGGUCCAUGGGGUCACGAAGAGUCGGACACGACUAAACGACAACAACAAAUAAUAUUAAUAUUAAUGCUUCCCAAGAAAAGAACCAGUGUGGACACAUAUUGUGGCAACCUUUUUUGUACCAUCAAUCUCACUCUCUUGCCUACUUUCAGCAGUUCUUACUCCUUGCGUCCUCCCUUUCUUUAGGCCAGCUUAGUGCCCUCCAGAUUUUUUUGUACAACAACUGUGCUGGCUAAGGCUGAUGGGAGUUGUCCCAAACAUCUGGAGGGCACCGGGUUGGCAAAGACUGCUCUAGGGUCUUCUACAACAAUAACGGCUGCUGGGUGCCCCUUUCUCCUGGUCAUGCAAUGCAAGCCCCUUUUUGUGUAUUCAGAUUUGGGAACAUCGUGCAAAGCCUGUUAUAUAAAUUCCCUUUCCAUUGCCUCCUUUUCAGAUAGAGCAAGUGAGCCAGUUGCUAGUCUUUGUAGAAGCUGCAGUAGAGUAUCAUAAGCAGUCUACAGAGAUUCUAGAGGAUCUGCAGAGCAAGCUACAAAACAGGUAAGAAUUACUCCAGGUUACCUCUGGUUCAUCUUAAAACCAGGAGUGGGGAGCCUUUUGUCCUCUGUAGGUUGUUGGACUACAACUCCCAUCAGUCUUGACAGGGAUGGAAGGGACAGUCCAUUUCAGUUCUCGUGAUUCCUCCUUUUUCCCAUCUUCAAUCCAGUUCUUCACAUUUCUGCAGCAAUUUGAGAUAUUUAAUCCUCAUGAAAAUUCUUCAGCAUUUUCUUGCCACUUCCUCCUAAUCAACACAUUUAUGUAUGCCGCAUUGACUAAUGUACACAUUUUCCCAAGCCAUUUCUCCUAACUGCAUUUUCGUAUGUUAGAUUUACUAAUAUAUUCAUUUUUAUGCACACUUUCCCUAAUACAGUCGUACUUUGGUUGUCAAACGCCUUGGUACUCAGACGUUCUGGCUCCUGAACGCCGCAAAUCCGGAAGUGAGUAUUCUGGUUUGCGAAUGUUUUUUGGAAGCCAAAUGUCUGACACGACUUCCGCUGCUUCCGAUUGAGUACAGGAAGCUCCUGCAGCCAAUCGGAAGCCGCGCCUUGGUUUUUGAACCAUUCUAGGAGAUGAACAGACUCCCAGAAUGGAUUAAGUUCGACAACCAAGGUACCACUGUGUAUGCAUUCUUGUGAGCGUUUUGGUAGGUGAACUGCAUCUUAAAAUUCAGGUAAUUGAGAUUUUCAAAGGGUGGUGGUGCUUCAGUUCCCAUAUUGUUUCAGAAAGUGGAAAUCUGAUAAAUUUGGCUUUGGAUGCGAACUAAAUUGAAUCCCUCCCCCAUCCCUAGUCUUGACUACUAGACCUGCUUACUACUGGGGCUGGUGGGAGGCAUAUUCAUCAACAUCUGGCGAGCCAAAGAUCUCCCACCCCUGCUUUAAACACUGCCAGCUAUGGCUCUCUGCAUCUUCCAGGGUCAUAGAGUUUUGACCCUUGACUUCUCUGUUUGCAGGAUAAACAUAGCGUCAAGUCGUCCAAGACGUGAAUUCAAGCCAAAGCCGGUGAUAAGGACACCUCUUGAAAUAAGCAACGGUCAGCAGCACAAUGGGAUUUCAUUCAGUCCAUCGAUAAAAUCCACAGGUGAGCAUGCAUUUGUGAAACUGGCAACCCUCAAAACUAAGUUUGAAGCUCUUCAUGUGUAGCAGAUGAAAACUUGCUAAAUGAAUAUAUCCUUCUCUUGACUUCAUUCUGGGCUAAGGUAUAAAUUGCCUUCAUUCCCGUUUCUAAUGACCUACAUAGACAGUCUGCCUGCAGUAACAUUUAUCUACUAAAUUUGCUCCUUGUCCCCUUCCUGAAAAUAUGCCCCACAUUAUCACUUAGGAACCAACAUGCUCUGGUUGUAGAGGCAGACCCACACAAUACAGUGGUACCUCGGGUUACAUACGCUUCAGGUUCCAGAUGCUUCAGGUUACAGACUCUGCCAACCCAGAAAUAUUACCUUGGGUUAAGAACUUUGCUUAAGGAUGAGAACAGAAAUUGUGUUCCGGCAACGCGGCAGCAGCAGGAGGCCCCAUUAGCUAAAGUGGUGCUUCAGGUUAAAAACAGUUUCAGGUUAAGAACGGACCUCUGGAAUGAAUUAAGUACUUAACCAGAGGUACCACUGUACAUUUAAAGCAAAUCCAACACACAUGACUCCCCCCCCCCAGAGAACCCUGGGAACUGUAGUUUCUCCAUCAAGGGGCCUCAUUUCCCAGCACCCUUCACAAACUACAGUUCCCUGGAUUCUUUGGGUGAGUCAACUUCUUUAAAUAUGCGUUGGAUAUGUUUCAAAUGUAUGGUGUGGAUGUGCCCUAAGUUUCCUCCUUGCAUUAAAGAUCAGUUCUCUCUCCCCACCCACCGUGGGCUCCAUUCGUCCAACCAUUGUGCACCAAUGGGGGAAGAGCUGUAACUCAGUGUUAAGGCACCUGUCUCAAAUAGCAAAGGUCCUUGGUUCAAUCCCUGUCAUCUCCAGAUACGUAAGAGCAGAAGAGGAUGAGGCCAGUGGCCCAUGUAGUCCAGCAGCCUGUUCAUACAGUGGCCAACAACACGUCUCUGGCAGGAUUCAAGCACAAAAGCUCUCUCCCCUCCUGUGUUUUCCAGCUACUGCUAUUCAGGGGCAUUGGUGCCUCUAACUAUGGAGGCAGAUGGUAGCUUUCAUGGCUAGUAGUCACCGUCAGUCCUCUACAAUUGUGUUAUCAUCAUCAUCAUCAGAUCCCAGGGUGGUGUACAACAUUAAAAACACAUUACAGUGGUACCUCGGGUUAAGUACUUAAUUCGUUCCGGAGGUCUGUUCUCAACCUGAAACUGUUCUUAACCCGAAGCACCACUUUAGCUAAUGGGGCCUCCUGCUGCCGCUGCACCGCUGGAGCACGAUUUCUGUUCUCAUCCUGAAGCAAAGUUCUUAACCUGAAGCACUAUUUCUGGGUUAGCGGCGUCUGUAACCUGAAGCGUAUGUAACCUGAGGUACCACAGUACAGAAUACCUAGUGCUAUUUUUCUAGAAAAAGAGGUGCCGGAACUCGCCAUGAACGCCUUGUUCUCUUAUACAGUCAAACCUCGGUUCUCAACCGACUCCAUUUUCGAACGUUUCAGCUCCCGAAUGCCAAAAACCUGGAAGUAAAUGCUCCGGUUUUGGAACAUUUUUCAGAACCCGAAUGUCCGACGCGGCUUCCGCUUGAGUGCAAGAAGCUCUUGCAACCAGUCAGAAGCCGCGCCUCGGUUGUCAAACGUUUAAAAAGUCAAAUGGUCUUCCGGAACCGAUUCUGUUCAACAACGGAGGUUUGGCUGUAAUGGCAACGGCGCCCACCUGAGAGGUGCCGGAACUGAGUUCCAGCUGGAAAGAAAGCCUUGAGAACAUCGAUACAGACAUAAUAAAAAGCAUACUGACAGACAGCCUAAUAAUAAAAUAGUCACAACAGUCUUCCCACACUUUCACAGGCCAUUAAUAGCCAUAGGCCUGGGUAAUAAGGAAUGUUUUUGCCUGGUGCCUAAAGACGUGUGUCAGGGAACUGCCAUAGGCUCAGAGGCGAGAGAUAGAAGGGCAGUUGUGUUACAGGGAGCCCCCGAAAAUCUUGCGGAGCAGUUCCUCUUCUGGCAAGGAGGAAAGCCCCACCUCCAGUGGAGAGGAGGUGCAAGGACCAGAGGAUGCUAGUAAGAGCCUUAACACCGCGCCUGAGCCAGCCGGAGAGGAGGGAAGCACGCCCUUGCCAUCGCCCAUCAUGCGCAGUAGUCUGCGGCGCAGGGAGGGGCGGAAAAGGCUAGGGGUGACGAAACUUUUAUGUUGGGGGAGGUACAAAAACAGACUACUCCCGGAUUCUGCUAGCGAUUGAGCCAGACAUGAACUUAUCACGCUCUUCACUGUAAAUAGUUUGCACCAAAAUAAAACCUUUAAAUGACAGGUCGGAGUCCUGCCUGGUUACUCUCGAGCAACCGCAACAGCACCUGACAACGUGUAAUGAUGGUGGUAGGCAAGCCUCUCUGGGGAGAGCAUGUCCCAGAAAAUACACAUUCUCUUUUUCUUUUUUCUUUUUUGGAUUUGAUAUCCCGCUUUCUCACUCCCCUUCAGGAGUCUCAAAGCGGCUAACAUUCUCCUUUCCCUUCCUCCCCCACAACAAACACUCUGUGAGGUGAGUGAGGCUGAGAGACUUCAAAGAAGUGUGACUAGCCCAAGGUCACCCAGCAGCUGAAUGUGGAGGAGCGGGGAAGCGAACCCGGUUCACCAGAUUAUGAGUCUAUUGCUCUUAACCACUACACCACACUGGCUCUCUUGUGGCCACCCUCCGAACCGCUCUGGGAUGGAGGACAUAGAGAAGGGCCUCAGAUGACAUGCAGAGGGUCUGGGUCAGUUCAUAUGGGGAGAGGUGAUCCUUAAGGUAUUGGGAGAGACUCCUGCCUGAAAUCUAGCUGCCAGUUGGAGUAGACAGUGCUGAGUUAAUUGAACUGAUGGGUCUGAUUUGGUAUAAAUCAGCUUCCUAUAUUGACUUGCUAUGAACAUAGGAAGUAGCCUUCUGCUGAGUCGGCAUAAUAAUACUACAACAAUGGGUUAAUUUUGUUUUGUCAUGAAUAAUCUUGGGCAAAACCUGCAGAACGUCAGGUUAAAAAUUGCUCUCUCGUGUGACUCUGGGCAGGUUCUUCAUCACAUAUGGACCAGCCUUGCUGCCAAGCUUUAUAUGACUUUGAGCCAGAAAACGAAGGCGAGCUUGGAUUUAAGGAAGGCGACGUCAUCACGCUGACCAAUCAGAUCGAUGAGAACUGGUUCGAAGGCAUGUUGAAUGGCGAAUCAGGCUUCUUUCCCAUCAAUUACGUGGAAGUUGUGGUGCCGUUGCCUCAGUGAGCCUGCCCUCCUCACGUCACAAAUGCAUUUUCGUGAGUGAAAAGAAGUCUUUCCCCCAAAGUGGCUUUUCAUUUGUGUGGCAUUCUACGAAAGCCUUGUUCUUUUGACCAACUUACUGACUUUUUUGUAUGUGUCUUUAAAAAAAAAAAAAGUAUUUAUUUUGUAUUCAUGUAGUUUGUACAUAUAUAUAUAUCUCGUAUAAAAAAAUCCUCCCCUUUUGUUAAAUAAACACACACAGAUUUCCCUGACCUAAUUCCUUGCUUUGUGCCUUGAAGAUCUGUACGUUUACUGAUAGAUCAACUGUUGCUUCCCAAGUGCAUUUACUUCCUCGCAUGAUGUCGGAAACUUCCCUCUACCUGCAGUGAAUUUACUUGUGGGCACAAUUUUUGAAGCUGCUGUGAGUAAGAGCUAGUUCUCAGUGAGCUACCUUAGUUACAUUCAACCUAACUGUGAAAAGCUAAUACCUGUUGUGCGCUGUACCCGAACAAAAAUGCCAAGUCAAUGUCACAGCUAAAUUGAUUCUCCAUUGAGCAAAUGUAAUAAACACUGUUGUGGGAAAUGCGC